GGGGGAGGGGUUAUUACCGGCAAGGUUGUUUGUCUGCUUAUCUCCCCCCCCCAAGGUCACCGGUUCACCAGGAUAUUUUCCACCUGUGCCGGUAUUAGAGUCAGUUGUUCCUGUGAAGCCCAUCCUCAAGGUAGCUGGACCAGGCGUGGAUAUUUGAACUCAAAGGUACGUUCUCACGGUAGUUGUUGGUAUUAGUUUAAUGAACUAGACAUUAAGGACUAUCUAUUUACAAGCAUGGACUUAACUCUGACUAGACAUUAAGGACUAUCUAUUUACAAGCAUGGACUUAACUCUGACUAGACAUUAAGGACUAUCUGUUUACAAGCAUAUUCUACUUAACUCUGACUAGACAUUAAGGACUUAAGUCUGACUAGACAUUAAUGACUUAACUCUGACUAGACAUUAAGGACUAUCUGUUUACAAGCAUAUUCUACUUAACUCUGACUAGACAUUAAGGACUUAACUCUGACUAGACAUUAAGGACUUAACUCUGACUAGACAUUAAGGACUUAACUCUGACUAGACAUUAAGGACUAUCUGUUUACAAGCAUAUUCUACUUAACUCUGACUAGACAUUAAGGACUAUCUGUUUACAAGCAUAUUCUACUUAACUCUGACUAGACAUUAAGGACUUAACUCUGACUAGACAUUAAUGACUUAACUCUGACUAGACAUUAAGGACUAUCUGUUUACAAGCAUGGACUUAACUCUGACUAGACAUUAAGGACUAUCUAUUUACAAGCAUGGACUUAACUCUGACUAGACAUUAAGGACUUAACUCUGACUAGACAUUAAGGACUUAACUCUGACUAGACAUUAAGGACUUAACUCUGACUAGACAUUAAGGACUUAACUCUGACUAGACAUUAAGGACUUAACUCUGACUAGACAUUAAGGACUAUCUGUUUACAAGCAUCGACUUAACUCUGACUAGACAUUAAGGACUAUCUGUUUACAAGCAUAUUCUACUUAACUCUGACUAGACAUUAAGGACUUAAGUCUGACUAGACAUUAAGGACUUAACUCUGACUAGACAUUAAGGACUAUCUGUUUACAAGCAUAUUCUACUUAACUCUGACUAGACAUUAAGGACUUAAGUCUGACUAGACAUUAAGGGCUUAACUCUGGCUAGACAUUAAGGACUAUCUGUUUACAAGCAUAUUCUACUUAACUCUGACUAGACAUUAAGGACUAGCAGAUUAUACGCACUUUUUAUCAAGUUUGUGAGCAGUGUCGGCUUUAACAAUUGUGGCGCCACAGCCAGUUUUCAAUAUUAUCGCCCUAUGUAUUCUUAAAUUUUGACGCCCCAGGGAGUUUUUAUAUUUUGCGCACCUUCCUCCUACAAAUGUUCAGGUGGAUAUUACAUUAACAAUUGUAAACUGUUCAGCUGGAGAAGAUACCAAUCCUAACAUUAAAAUAGUUGUUAUUCUUCCAAGUAUCAACAUUAAAACUAACUACAGGGUAUGAAUUAGAUUCUAACGAGAACAUUAAAACUAACUACAGGGUAUGAAUUAGAUUCUAACGAGAACAUUAAAACUAACUACAGGGUAUGAAUUAGAUUCUAACAGGAACAUUAAAACUAACUACAGGGUAUGAAUUAGAUUCUAACGAGAACAUUAAAACUAAUUUGUUUGAGAUUCUAGUUAAUUUUAUUGGAAAACGCAAAACUAAGAAGAGAAAUUCCCACUUUCAACAUGCAGUUAUUUUGUAAUGAUUGAUUUUUUUAAAUGUAAUUAGCAUCUUAACUUUUAUACAAUUCUAAACGAAAUUUUGUUUGACUUUUGUGAUGGCAAAUCUAGUAACAUCAUUUUCAAACAGCCAGCAUGGUAACAUCAUUUUCAACAGACAGCAUAGUAACAUCAUUUUCAACAGACAGCAUAGUAACAUCAUUUUCAACAGACAGCAUAGUAACAUCAUUUUCAACAGACAGCAGAGUAAAAUCAUUUUCAUAGAGCCAGCAUGGUAACAUCAUUUUCAACAGACAGCAUAAGCAACAUCCUUUUCAACAGACAGCAUGGUAACAUCUGUUAUGCACUGGCUUCUUUUGUGAGAAAUUAAUCUCUUAGCUUAAGUUAUUGGCUCGUUGUAAACAGUGCCUAACAAAGGACGAUACCAUUUAGAAAUACAAUAGCAAAAAUACGACACUCAAAACAGUGCUAAUUACAAUUAAUAAGAUUUAUUUAAGUAUUAAUAUAAUAACAAAAUAAAAGAUAUAUUUUACAAUCAUCAACUUACUGAGUAUGAGAAUGUCGUGUACCGGUACACAGUAGAAUGUACCACAAAAAUAAGGUACCAUGAUAAAUGCGAAUAAACACAUAUGAGUACACAAAGAAAAAUACACUGGUCUCGUAAAGUUAAACAUAUCCAUCAUUCAGGCUGAAUAUCCAUGAAUCUCUGAAACCCCUUACUUAUUUAAUGGGUCUACCGACGCGUUCAGAAACGCUUUUGACAUUGUUUACGUCUCUCAUCAAAUCGAGAACGUUCCACAAGAUACUAAGAGACAAACUAAUCAUGUUUAAUUUGUAGUCGGCAGUGAACAUGACAGAUCAAAAGAACUAGCCCCGCCCAUCUAUGAACAUAGCGUCUGCUAGGAAUCUAAUUUGGGGUCAAGCACAGUUCACGGCACGGGAAAAGUGUCCUACAUAACACAUCAUUUUCAACAGCCAGCAUGGUAACGUCAUUUUCAACAGCCAGCAUGGUAACAUCCUUUUCAACAAACAGUAUAGUAACAUCAUUUUCAACAGACAGUAUAGUACCAUCAUUUUCAACACGAAGUAUAGCAACAUCAUUUUCAACAGACAGUAUAGUAACAUCAUUUUCAACAGACAGUAUAGUAACAAUCAUUUUCAACAGACAGUAUAGCAACAUCAUUUUCAACAGACAGUAUAGUAACAAUCAUUUUCAACAGACAGUAUAGCAACAUCAUUUUUAACAGACAGCAUCGAAAAAGAUGCGAGCCUCUCCUGAGUAAUACACAAUCAUAAUUAGGUUUUAAUCCAUAAAGGAUUAGUUGAAACCUUAUUGCACCGGUUGCUACGUGGCCUGGAACUGUCAUCCAAUAUUCGAAGAUCUGUUACUCUAUUUGGACAACGUCUGGAGCUUGUUUUGGCUGUAAAAUGUAAGAAUGUUUAAUGGUGAUUUCUUUCGUUUUUUUUAGGACCCAAGCCAACGGGGAAAAAAAUCACAGGAAGGAAGUCUCAAUAUAUGUUUUAUAUCAACUCUUAUGUGUCAGUAUAUAUGGAAUACUAUUUGUAAGUCCAUGCAUAUGUUCCCUGACAGUGAAUAGAAAUCAGAGGCGACUGAUCCGGAUGUCAGUUCAACUGUCAGUCGACAUUAAAUAUGUCUUUGUUAUGUCUAUGAUGCAUACACAUUAUCAUUCGCCCAUUUAAUUAUUGAGUCAUUUCUUCUCAUGUCUGCGCAAAGUCCAUGACCAUGACAUGAAGACUUGACUAGCACGACAUGGCAGUAUUUAGCCAUGCGCACAGCUAAAGCUCCCAUAAGUAGGUUUGUCAUUGAAAGUUUGCUCGAUAUAAAAUAUCUUUUUUUUAUCUAUUCUGUUUGUACGCGCGCGCAUAUGUGUAUGUGUGUGUUUGUUUCAGUGUGUGUUUGUGAUUGUGGUCGACACUGAGUUGGGUCAAAAGAUUUUUUAAAAAUCGUUUGUUCCCCAAUCUGUUCAGAAUUUAUCAAAGAGUGCAUUCUUUGAGUUAAAUUACUUCCUUAAUCAAUCAUGUUUACAAAUCAGUCUCCAAUGUCAGAAUUUAAAAAAAAAAUGAAAUCUUGUCAUUAGGUUACUUUCACAAGGCCUUGUUAUAGUAACGUCAACGGACAUAUGUAGUUACUGUCAUUAUAGUUACGUCAACGGACAGCUGUAGUUAAUGUCGUUAUAGUUACGUCAACGGACAGCUGUAGUUACUGUCAUUAUAGUUACGUCAACGAACAGCUGUAGCUACUGUCAUUAUAGUUACGUCAACUGACAGCUGUAGUUAUUGUCAUUAUAGUUACGUCAACGAACAGCUGUAGUUACUGUCGUUAUAGUUACGUCAACGGACAGCUGUAGUUACUGUCAUUAUAGUUACGUCAACGGACAGCUGUAGUUACUGUCAUUAUAGUUACGUCAUCGGACAGCUGUAGUUACUGUCAUUAUAGUUACGUCAACGGACAGCUGUAGUUACUGUCAUUAUAGUUACGUCAACGGACUGCUGUAGUUACUGUCGUUAUAGUUACGUCAACGGACAGCUGUAUUUACUGUCAUUAUAGUUACGUCAACGGACAGCUGUAGUUACUGUCGUACAUUGGAAUGGUAAACCGAGCGCCGAUCAAUGAGGCGCGCCUGUGAAAAUUCUCGAGGGUUUAGCCAGGGUCUAGCCAGAGUUUAGCCAAGGCUUAGCCAGGGUCGUCUGGCCAGGGUCGUCUAGCCAGGGUCGUCUAGCCAGGGUCGUCUAGCCAGAGUCGUCUAGCCAGGGUCGUCUAGCCAGGGUCGUCUAGGCAGGGUCUAGCAAGGAACUAGCAAGGGUCGUCUAGUCAGGGUGUAGCCAGAUUCUAGUCACGGUUAUUAUAGUAUAACCUUUAAAAAUCGUUUAAGCCAGGUUUCUGCCAGUCUCUACAGUAUUCUAACAGGGUUCUGCCAGUCUCUACUAUAAUCUGUCAGGGUUCUGCCAGUCUCUACUAUAAUCUGUCAGGGUUCCCACCAGUCUCUACUGUAUUCUGUCAGGGUUCCCACCAGUCUCUACUGUAUUCUGCCAGGGUUCCACCAGUCUCUACUGUAUUGUGCCAGGGUUCCACCAGUCUGUACUGUAUUCUGCCAGGGUUCCACCAGUCUCUACUGUAUUCUACCAGGGUUCCACCAGUCUCUACUGUAUUGUGCCAGGGUUCCACCAGUCUGUACUGUAUUCUGCCAGGGUUCCAUCAGUCUCUAUUGUCUUCUGGCCAGGGUUCCAUCAGUCUCCACUGUAUUCUGCCAGGGUUCCACCAGUCUCUAUUGUCUUCUGGCCAGGGUUACACCAGUCUCUACUGUAUUGUGCCUGGGUUCCACCAGUCUGUACUGUAUUCUGCCAGGGUUCCAUCAGUCUCUAUUGUCUUCUGGUCAGGGUUCCAUCAGUCUCUACUGUAUUCUGCCAGGGUUCCACCAGUCUCUAUUGUCUUCUGGCCAGGGUUCCAUCAGUCUCUACUGUAUUCUGCCAGGGUUCCACCAGCUUCUACUGUAUUCUGCCAGCGUUCCAUCAGUCUCUAUUGUCUUCUGGCCAGGGUUCCAUCAGUCUCUAUUGUCUUCUGGCCAGGGUUCCACCAGUCUCUAUUGUCUUCUGGCCAGGGUUCCACCAGUCUCUACUGUAUUCUGCCAGGGUUCCAUGAGUCUCUAUUGUCUUCUGGCCAGGGUUCCAUCAGUCUCUAUUGUCUUCUGGCCAGGGUUCCACCAGUCUCUACUGUAUUCUGCCAGGGUUCCAUCAGUCUCUAUUGUCUUCUGGUCAGGGUUCCACCAGUCUCUAUUGUCUUCUGGCCAGGGUUCCACCAGUCUCUACUGUAUUCUGCCAUGGUUCCAUCAGUCUCUACUGUAUUCUGCCAGGGUUCCACCAGUCUCUAUUGUCUUCUGGCCAGGGUUCCACCAGUCUCUACUGUAUUUUUCAAGGGUUCCACCAGUCUCUACAAUAUUCUGCCAGGGUCGACCAGUCUCUGCUGUAUUCUGCCAGGGUUCCGCCAGUCACUACUGUAUUCUGAAAGUGUUCCGCUAGUCUCUACUAUAUUCUGUCAGGGUUCCGCCAGUCUCUACUAUAUUCUGGCCAGGGUUCCACCAGUCUCUACUGUAUUCUGCCAGGGUUCCAUCAGUCUCUACUGUAUUCUGCCAGGGUUCCACCAGUCUCUAUUGUCUUCUGGCCAGGGUUACACCAGUCUCUACUUUAUUCUGCCAGGGUUCCAUCAGUCUCUACUGUAUUUUGCCAGGGUUCCACCAGUCUCUACAAUAUUCUGCCAGGGACCACCAGUCUCUGCUGUAUUCUGCCAGGGUUCCGCCAGUCACUACUGUAUUCUGAAAGGGUUCCGCUAGUCUCUACUAUAUUCUGUCAGGGUUCCGCCAGUCUCUACUAUAUUCUGGCGUAUGGUUCCGCCAGUCUCUACUAUAUUCUGGCCAGGGUUCCGCCAGUCUCUACUGUAUUCUGGCCAGAGUUCCGCCAGUCUCUUCUAUAUUCUGCCCAGGUUUUCGCUAGUCUCUACUAUAUUCUGUCAGGGUUCCGCCAGUCUCUACUAUAUUCUGGCGUAUGGUUCCGCCAGUCGCUACUAUAUUCUGGCCAGGGUUCCGCCAGUCUCUACUGUAUUCUGGCCAGAGUUCCGCCAGUCUCUUCUAUAUUCUGGCCAGGGUUCCGCCCAGCAGUCUCUACUAUAUUCUGGCCAGGGUUCAGCCAGUCUCUACUAUAUUAUGGCCAGGGUUCCGCCAGUCUCUACAGUAUUCUGCCAGGGUUCCGCCAGUCUCUACUAUAUUCUGUCAGGGUUCCCACCAGUCUCCACUAUAUUCUUCCAUUCCGCGAAUCGUUUGAGCACCAGUGAAACAAAUGUAUAAUUGCAUUUUAAAAGUUGGCCAAAAAAGUAAAUAAUUAUACUAAUUAUACUCUCUUUUCAUUGAGAGGCCGACUCGCAACCCAAGACUCGUAUCCCAAGGGUUAGGAAGCCAUGUUUUUACCCAAUUUUCAACAUCCAUUUGAUUUAUUUUUUUAAUUGUCACGUUUUAAUGAGAUCUACAUUUGUAUAGAGCUGAUACAUGUUUAUAGAGUUGAUUUAUUUGUACACAAUUGAUAUAUUUGGUGAUUGGAGGCUAUUUUAUGAGUCUGGAAAUAUUUAACAUUUUGAUUAAACUGUUUCAUUUGGUCCAUAAAAAAAUUGAACAUUUUGAAUAAACUAUUUCAUUUGAUGCCCCAAAUCUAUAACAUUUUUAAAUAAACUCUUUCCUUCGAAAGAAUAUUUCAAACGCCCACCAAAUGCCAUAUAAAAAAAAACUAGACCACCCCUGGCCAAUUGAAACCAUCGCUCCCUUCUAUGGGUGAACAUUCCUCUUACAUUUUUCUAAAGCAGUUUUUUUAGCUUAAAGGUCGUCCUUUCAGGUACGGAUUCACUGCCCUUGCCAGCAACAAAGACUUGUUUGUUGUGUGGGUGUUAAAACAUUAUUCUUGCACAGUCCUUCUUGCGCACUCGGUAUAAUCGCCAUGACCUUACGCUACGAAAUAGUUCCGAUCUAUUAUUCAUUUUAAUUGCCGACCUACGCUAAAACUGGGGGUGAAUGCACCGGGGAAUUUUAGCGAUAACAUGAUGAGCGGGGGCGACCAGGUCAUUCAAAAGUGAUAUCAGAACAGGAUAUACAAAUGUCGUAAGUCUGAUAGAAAUGUAGUGGGCGGAGAGGGGGGGGGGGGGGGUUCAACGAAGCUGAAACUGAAACUUUGUGCUUAAAUUUCAGGAUAUACAAAUGUCGUAAGUCUGAUAGAAAUGUAGUGGGCGGAGAGGGGGGGGGGGUGUUCAACGAAGCUGAAACUGUAACUAUGUGCUUAAAUUUGUAAUUGGCUGGCUCAUAGAAAUAGUAGGCCUAUAAAUAAAUAUGACUUAUGAAGAUCAGUUAAGAACACUUCACUGACCAAAGGGAUGAAAACUUUAAUGACCAAGCUGUUUGGGUGAAAUUAUUUAUGGAGCGGCAUGUAAAAGUUGUUUGUGGGGUUUACCUCAGAACCAAAUUCGGAGACUCCAGAAGGUACAAAAUACUGCAGCACGAAUUGUAUCGCGGAUAAAGAAACCUGACCACAUCACCCCAGUUCUUAGAAAUCUCCAUUUGGUUCAUGUGAGUGAGCGCAUUAACUACAAAAUCCUUUCCCUGGCGUACAGCUGCAUAGAAGGCUCUGUACCGGCAUAUCUUAAAGAACUGAUUUAUAAAAAUGUAUCCUUCAAGAACCUGCGGUCUUCUACACAGUCCUUACUGAGGGUUCCCAGUGUGGAUGAACACAAAAAAGUCUUACGGAAUGCCCUCUUUUGAAGCGAGAGCGCCAAAAUUAUGGACAAUUUUGCCUCAAUUUUUGAGGGGAAUUGAAAAUGAUAAAAAAAUCAUUUAAGAAAUAUUUAAAGACUUCAUUGUUUAAAUAGAUUUGAGAAAACCAGAGCGCAGUGAGCAUAUUAAAGUAGCAUGGAUACCAGCGCUAUAUAAAUAGCCACUCAAACAAUGUCAUUAUAAAGUCACAAAGCCUCAUAGAUCUAUUUCAAGAGCCGCAAGGUAACCGAACCGCGUGUUGCUGAUCACUGCUUUGGCAUCCGUCCGUCUCAAGGAUUUGACUAUGUGCUUGUUUCUUUCAUGCAGUAGAUAUUGCUCUCUAUGUAAUAUUACAACGCUGCCUUCAAAUUCACUAGCUGUAGCAUUCUAUAUAAUAGUACAAUACUGCCUUGAAAAUCCACUACAUUUAGCUCUCUAUAUACUAUUACAACAUUGCCUUGAGCACCCAAUCCCUGUAGCAUUCUUUGUAUACCUUGGACUUCCACUAGAUUUAGCAUUCUAUAUAAUACUAGAACACAGAUUUGGACAUCCACUGCCUUUAGCAUGCCUGUCAAUAACUGUCACGAGCAUACCCAACUCAUAUUUCACAGGGUUAUGAUGAAAGUAUCUAAAUUCUCUGGGUUCGUUUAGAGAAAUCCAAUUAUUGUUUUUUGCUACGAACACAAUAAUUUUUAAGAGCUGGUUUCUUUUAGUUGGUGUAUUAAAAACAUUAUUUUACAAGAAAUAUAAGAACAAUGUAUGUCAAACUUAUAUUAACAGACUGAACAAUAAGAUUCGGACGUUUCGGGGGUUAAGCCUUCUUCAGCAAACAAGACAAAAAUGAAAAUGAGAAGUAUGAGAAGGAUGUUGCCAAUCAAUUAUUAUCUUUCUUUCUUUAAGCCCGUGGUUUAAUUCCGGGUACUUGGUAUUAUAACUUAAUCAAAUGUAUUAAUAGAUUAUCAGAAUUAUAAUAUUGUUUACGUGUUAACUUCCUUUAGCUUUUAUCUUGUUCAAUUGACCACCAAUCUACCGGGUGACCAAAUAAAACAUAACCUAGUUGUCCAGCUCUGCUCUCAGUUCCCAUGACCUUAUCAGGUCUGGUAUAUGUUCCCACAUCGUUACCAGGUCUGUUCCAUGCCUGUCAGCAUCCCGUUCCUCGCCCCCCAAAUGCUGUGACCUCAUUUACAGAUGAAUGUUUACUCGCCAAUCACGUGUGUUCGUGACCUGUAACUUCUGCCAGGCUUAUCAUCUCAGGCAGAGAAUGCUAUCAGGCGGUGCAUUCAUCCACACGGGGAUUGUCAGGUGGGUGAGACGUAGCAUUUAGGAAUACUCAAAAAAUGGAUAUGGUCCGAAAGCUCAUUUGAAAAUGUGUUUGUCAAUAUGUGUGUCAGUGUGUGUGUCAAUGUGUAUGUCAAUAUUUGUGUCAAUGUGUGUGUAAAUGUGUGUGUCAAUAUGUGUGUCACUGUGUGUGUCAAUUUGUGUGUCAAUGUAGUCAUUCAACGUGGUACAAUGGACAAACAGUAGUGAGGAAUCUUGUUAUACUUGUAGAUCAUUUUAAAGACUAUGAGCCCGAUUAUGAUGUCCAAAUAGAUGUCGUGAUGAAGUGGUCCAAAUAAAAGAGGUAAUGAAGUAGUCCAAAUAGAUGAGGUAAUGAUGUGGUCCAAAUAGAGUUGUUGAUAAAGUGGUUCAAAUAGAUGAGGUAAUGACAAGUCCGAAUAGAUGAGGUAAUGAAGUGGUCCUAAUAGAUGAGGUAAUGAAGUGGUCCUAAUAGAUGAGGUAAUGAAGUGGUCCUAAUAGAUGAGGUAAUGACGUAGUCCUAAUAGAUGAGGUAAUGAAGUGGUCUUAAUAGAUGAGGUAAUGAAGUGGUCCUAAUAGAUGAGGUAAUGAAGUGGUCCUAAUAGAUGAGGUAAUGAAGUGGUCCUAAUAGAUGAGGUAAUGAAGUGGUCCUAAUAGAUGAGGUAAUGAAGUGGUCCUAAUAGAUGAGGUAAUGAAGUGGUCCUAAUAGAUGAGGUAAUGAAGUGGUCCAAGUAGAUGAGGUAAUGAAGUGGUCCUAAUAGAUGAGGUAAUGAAGUGGUCCUAAUAGAUGAGGUAAUGAAGUGGUCCAAGUAGAUGAGGUAAUGAAGUGGUCCUAAUAGAUGAGGUAAUGAAGUGGUCCUAAUAAGUGAGGUAAUGGAGUGGUCCUAAUAGAUGAGGUAAUGAAGUGGUCCUAAUAGAUGAGGUAAUGAAGUGGUACUAAUAGAUGAGGUAAUGAAGUGGUCCUAAUAGAUGAGGUAAUGAAGUGGUCCUAAUAGAUGAGGUAAUGAAGUGGUCCUAACAGAUGAGGUAAUGAAUUGGUCCUAACAGAUGAGGUAAUGAAGUGGUCCUAAUAGAUGAGGUAAUGAAGUGGUCCUAAUAGAUGAGGUAAUGAAGUGGUCCUAAUAUAUGAUGUAAUGAAGUGGUCCUAAUAGAUGAGGUAAUGAAGUAGUCCUAAUAGAUGAGGUAAUGAAGUGGUCCUAAUAGAUGAGGUAAUGACGUGGUCCGAAUAGAUGAGGUAAUGAAGUGGUCCUAAUAGAUGAGGUAAUGAAGUGGUCCUAAUAGAUGAGGUAAUGAAGUGGUCCUAAAAGAUGAGGUAAUGAAGUGGUCCUAAUAGAUUAGGUAAUGAAGUGGUCCUAAUAGAUGAGGUAAUGAAGUGGUCCUAAUAGAUGAGGUAAUGAAGUGGUCCUAAUAGAUGAGGGAAUGAAGUGGUCCGAAUAGAUGAGGUAAUGAAGUGGUCCGAAUAGAUGAGGUAAUGAAGUGGUCCUAAUAGAUGAGGUAAUGAAGUGGUCCUAAUAGAUGAGGUAAUGAAGUGGUCCUAAUAGAUGAGGUAAUGAAGUGGUCCUAAUAGAUGAGGUAAUGAAGUGGUCCAAGUAGAUGAGGUAAUGAAGUGGUCCUAAUAGAUGAGGUAAUGAAGUGGUCCUAAUAGAUGAGGUAAUGAAGUGGUCCUAAUAGAUGAGGUAAUGAAGUGGUCCUAAUAGAUGAGGUAAUGGAGUGGUCCUAAUAGAUGAGGUAAUGAAGUGGUCCUAAUAGAUGAGGUAAUGAAGUGGUCCUAAUAGAUGAGGUAAUGAAGUGGUCCUAAUAGAUGAGGUAAUGAAGUGGUCCUAACAGAUGAGGUAAUGAAGUGGUCCUAAUAGAUGAGGUAAUGAAGUGGUCCUAAUAGAUGAGGUAAUGAAGUGGUCCUAAUAUAUGAGGUAAUGAAGUGGUCCUAAUAGAUGAGGUAAUGAAGUGGUCCUAAUAGAUGAGGUAAUGAAGUGUUCCUAAUAAAUGAGGUAAUGACGUGGUCCGAAUAGAUGAGGUAAUGAAGUGGUCCUAAUAGAUGAGGUAAUGAAGUGGUCCUAAUAGAUGAGGUAAUGAAGUGGUCCUAAUAGAUGAGGUAAUGAAAUGGUCCUAAUAGAUGAGGUAAUGAAAUGGUCCUAAUAGAUGAGGUAAUGAAGUGGUCCUAAUAGAUGAGGUAAUGAAGUGGUCCUAAUAGAUGAGGUAAUGAAGUGGUCCUAAUAGAUGUUGUAAUGAAGUGGUCCUAAUAGAUGAGGUAAUGAAGUGGUCCUAAUAGAUGAGGUAAUGAAGUGGUCCUAAUAGAUUAGGUAAUGAAGUGGUCCUAAUAGAUGAGGUAAUGAAGUGGUCCAAGUAGAUGAGGUAAUGAAGUGGUCCUAAUAGAUGAGGUAAUGAAGUGGUCCUAAUAGAUGAGGUAAUGAAGUGGUCCUAAUAGAUGAGGUAAUGAAGCGGUCCAAGUAGAUGAGGUAAUGAAGUGGUCCUAAUAGAUGAGGUAAUGAAGUGGUCCAAGUAGAUUCACAGAUUGUUCUCGAACUCUCCAAAGCAUCACUUACGUUGUUUUUUGACUUUCAGUUUUUACUCUCUUGAUUUUGUUCGGCGACGAAGACAUUAUGCCGACACGUCCGUUAUUUCGCUAUGUGUUUCCUCAGGAGUUCCCCUGACGUUUUCUUCCUCCUUUAAGAUUAUCUUACCUGCCUCUGCACCCCAACCCUAUUUUUUUUCCAACUCGUUCUUACAUAACAUAUAAUCCACUGGGUUAGGUCAUUACAUGACAUACAAUCGUCUGUGUCUCUUCAUUACAUCACAUAUAAUCACCUUGGUCUCCUCAUGGCAACCCAUAUAAUCCCCUGGGUUAGGCCAUUAUAUGUCAUUUAAUUAUCUGUAUCACUUUAUUUCAUCACAUAUAAUCACCUGGGUCUCACUAUUACUUCACAUAUGAACUCCUGGGUCUCAUCAUUCCUUCACAUGUAAUCACCUGGGUCUCAUCAUUACUUCACAUGUAAUCACCUGGGUCUUCCUUUUGCGUUUAGGAUGGGGCCAAGUAGACGCGACAGGAGGAAAAUAACUUUAUCCCGAUGGGCAUGAAAGGCAAUAUUUUCUUACUAAUUUAUGUAGCAGUGUGGCCACUGGGGGUGGGGUGGGGCGACUAUAGCUUUAUUAGGUUCUGUAAACAAAUCAAGUCUUGAGGACUAUAGCUUUAUUUGAUUCUGUAAACAAACCAAGUCUUGAGGACUAUAGCUUUAUUAGGUUCUGUAAACAAAUCAAGUCUUGAGGACUAUAGCUUUAUUUGUUUCUGUAAACAAACCAAGUCUUGAGGACUAUAGCUUUAUUAGGUUCUGUAAACAAACCAAGUCUUGAGGACUAUAGCUUUAUUUGUUUCUGUAAACAAAUCAAGUCUUGAGGACUAUAGCUUUAUUUGAUUCUGUAAACAAAUCAAGUCUUGAGGACUAUAGCUUUAUUAGGUUCUGUAAACAAAUCAAGUCUUGAGGACUAUAGCUUUAUUUGGUUCUGUAAACAAACCAAGUCUUGAGGACUAUAGCUUUAUUAGGUUCUGUAAACAAACCAAGUCUUGAGGACUAUAGCUUUUUUUUGGUUCUGAACAAAUCCAAAGAAAGAGAGAAAUUCUAAAUAAAAUUUCGGAAGAAAAAUCCAGAGAAAAAAGGACAAUAUCUGAAAAGAAACAAAUAGUUCAGGCUGACCAUGUCCUGACUAACAUUGAAUUACAGAGUUAACAAAUAAAGAAGUUAAAUAACUCCGUAAUUACAGAAGUUGACAAAAUAUUCUUCACCUAAACUACUAAAACUAAAUUGAAAUAAAACUGGAGUACCCAGCAGUCCUACAAAAUCGUAGAGGGUACAAAGAUAGUCGAGAUAAGCACAAGUCUUGUGACAACCAAGUACACUACACAAACCCACCCGGCCCAAUUAUAGCUAUUGGUUAUACCACACAUGGGGGAAGAAAUAGAAUAGGGCACCGUAGAAAAUAUGACGAGGGUUGAGAACCAUCGAAAUAAUUUAACAAAUGGCAUGGCGCAAGCCAUUACGCCGACGGCCCCAUUGUUCGAGCUAUUUAAUUUAUGUCUCUAAUCAAGCAGUGGGGAGGUGAAUUUAUUUACGAGUGUUCCUGUGCGCCAUUUCGCUUGAAAGAAAAGGGGCGCACGGGGCGAAGCCUUGAACAGCCGCCCCUUAUUUUAGUUUUAGCAAUAAUGAUUUAUGAUAUAGCCAGUUAUUGUGCCUGCUGUUGCCCAGAAAUUUUUGCCGUGUCUUUCCUAGACAGUGUGCCGGCUGUUGCCAAUACAUUGUGCCGGCUGUUGCAAAGACAUUGUGCCGGCUGUUGCCUAGACAUUGUGCCGGCUGUUGAGCAUGGGCUAUAGUAUGCCAUAUGUUGCCGAGACAUUGUGCCGGCUGUUGAGCAUGGGAGAUAGUAUGCCAUAUGUUGCCGAGACACUGUGCCAGCUGUUGAGCAUAGGAGAUAAUAUGCCAUAUGUUGCCCAGACAUUGUGCCGGCUGUUGCCAAGACAUUGUGCCGGCUGUUGCCCAGACAUUGUGCCGGCUGUUGCCAGGACAUUGCGCUGCCUGUUGCCUAGACAUUGUGAUGUCUGUUCCGAAGGCAUUAUUCCACCUCUAGCCCAGAAAUUGCUCCGCAUAUGUCCCAAAGAUUAUUCCAACUAUUGCCCAGACAUUGUCUAUAAAAUGUCUUCUUUUAUUCAGGUCCAUACAAUAUAAUCUUUUUGCAGGUCGGUAAAAAUGUGAUAUUUUCGCCAGUUCUCUACAAUGUGAUUGAUGGCCAGGUCUUUACAAUGUGAUUGAUGGCCAGGUCUUUACAAUGUCAUUGAUGGCCCAGGUCUUUACAAUGUGAUUGAUGACCAGGUCUUUACAAUGUCAUUGGUGGCCAGGUCUUUACAAUGUCAUUGAUGGCCCAGGUCUUUACAAUGUGAUUGAUGACCAGGUCUUUACAAUCUCAUUGAUCGCCAGGUAUUUACUGUCAUUGAUGGCCAGGUCUUUACAAUGUAAUAGAUGGCCAGGUCUUUACAAUGUGAUUGAUCGCCAGGUCUUUACAAUGUGAUUGAUGGCCAGGUCUUUACAAUGUGAUUGAUCGCCAGGUCUUUACAAUGUGAUUGGUGGCCAGGUCUUUACAAUGUGAUUGAUCGCCAGGUCUUUACAAUGUGAUUGAUCGCCAGGUCUUUACAAUGUGAUUGAUCGCCAGGUCUUUACAAUGUGAUUGAUCGCCAGGUCUUUACAAUGUGAUUGAUCGCCAGGUCUUUACAAUGUGAUUGAUCGCCAGGUCUUUACAAUGUGAUUGAUCGCCAGGUCUUUACAAUGUGAUUGAUCGCCAGGUCUUUACAAUGUGAUUGAUCGCCAGGUCUUUACAAUGUGAUUGAUCGCCAGGUCUUUACAAUGUGAUUGAUCGCCAGGUCUUUACAAUGUGAUUGAUCGCCAGGUCUUUACAAUGUGAUUGAUCGCCAGGUCUUUACAAUGUGAUUGAUCGCCAGGUCUUUACAAUGUGAUUGAUCGCCAGGUCUUUACAAUGUGAUUGAUCGCCAGGUCUUUACAAUGUGAUUGGUGGCCAGGUCUUUACAAUGUGAUUGAUCGCCAGGUCUUUACAAUGUGAUUGAUCGCCAGGUCUUUACAAUGUGAUUGAUCGCCAGGUCUUUACAAUGUGAUUGAUCGCCAGGUCUUUACAAUGUGAUUGAUCGCCAGGUCUUUACAAUGUGAUUGAUCGCCAGGUCUUUACAAUGUGAUUGAUCGCCAGGUCUUUACAAUGUGAUUGAUCGCCAGGUCUUUACAAUGUGAUUGAUCGCCAGGUCUUUACAAUGUGAUUGGUGGCCAGGUCUUUACAAUGUGAUUGAUCGCCAGGUCUUUACAAUGUGAUUGAUCGCCAGGUCUUUACAAUGUGAUUGAUCGCCAGGUCUUUACAAUGUGAUUGGUGGCCAGGUCUUUACAAUGUGAUUGAUCGCCAGGUCUUUACAAUGUGAUUGGUGGCCAGGUCUUUACAAUGUGAUUGAUCGCCAGGUCUUUACAAUGUCAUUGAUGGCCAGGUCUUUACAAUGUGAUUGGUGGCCAGGUCUUUACAAUGUGAUUGGUGGCCAGGUCUUUACAAUGUGAUUGAUCGCCAGGUCUUUACAAUGUGAUUGAUCGCCAGGUCUUUACAAUGUGAUUGAUUGCCAGGUCUUUACAAUGUGACUGAUGGCCUGGUCUUUACAAUAUGAUUGAUGGCCAGGUCUUUACAAUGUCAUUGAUCGUCAGGUCUUUACAAUGUCAUUGGUGGCCAGGUCUUUACAAUGUCAUUGGUGGCCAGGUCUUUACAAUGUCAUUGAUGGCCAGGUCUUUACAAUGUCAUUGAUCGCCAGGUCUUUAUAAUGUGAUUGAUGGCCAAGUCUUUAUAAUGUCAUUGAUCGUCAGGUUUACAAUAACUACAUGGCUGAAAAUAUGAUUGUUUGAGGAAUGGUUUUGAUCAAAGUCGUUUAUUUGUUUAAAUUGCUUUAUUAAAUGUCGGAGGGUUUCCGUAUUUUCUUGUUGAUUUGUUGAUGGUGCCCACUGGCUGCUCUAAUGAUUAGUUGAUUUGUUGAUGGUGCCCCUGACUGCUGUAAUGAUUAGUUGAUUUGUUGAUGGUGCCCCUGACAGCUCUAAUAAUUAGUUGAUUUGUUGAUGGUGCCCCUGACUGCUCUAAUGAUUAGUUGAUUUGUUGAUGGUGCCCCUGACAGCUCUAAUGAUUAGUUGAUUUGUUGAUGGUGCCCCUGACAGCUCUAAUGAUUAGUUGAUUUGUUGAUGGUGUCCCUGACUGCUCUAAUGAUUAGUUGAUUUGUUGAUGGUGCCGCUGACGGCUCUAAUGAUUAGUUGAUUUGUUGAUGGUGCCCCUGACAGCUCUAAUGAUUAGUUGAUUUGUUGAUGGUGCCCCUGACUGCUCUAAUGAUUAGUUGAUUUGUUGAUGGUGCCCCUGACUGCUCUAAUGAUUAGUUGAUUUGUUGAUGGUGCCCCUGACUGCUCUAAUGAUUAGUUGAUUUGUUGAUGGUGCCCCUGACAGCUCUAAUGAUUAGUUGAUUUGUUGAUGGUGCCCACUGGCUGCUCUAAUGAUUAGUUGAUUUGUUGAUGGUGCCCCUGACUGCUCUAAUGAUUAGUUGAUUUGUUGAUGGUGCCCCUGACUGCUCUAAUGAUUAGUUGAUUUGUUGAUGGUGCCCCUGACUGCUCUAAUGAUUAGUUGAUUUGUUGAUGGUGCCCCUGACUGCUCUAAUGAUUAGUUGAUUUGUUGAUGGUGCCCCUGGCAGCUCUAAUGAUUAGUUUAAUUGUUGAUGGUGCCCACUGACUGCUCUAAUGAUUAGUUGAUUUGUUGAUGGUGCCCCUGACAGCUCUAAUGAUUAGUUGAUUUGUUGAUGGUGCCCCUGACUGCUCUAAUGAUUAGUUGAUUUGUUGAUUGGUGCCCACUGGCUGCUCUUAAGAUUAGUUGAUUUGUUGAUGGUGCCCACUGGCUGCUCUAAUGAUUAGUUAAUUUUUUGAUGUGCCCCAGACUGCUGUAAUGAUUAGUUGGUUUGUUUAUGGUUCCCUGAGUGUUUUAAUGUCUAGUUGGUUUGUUUAUACCGCCCACUAAAAGCUGUAAGGUCUAGUUGGUUUCUUUAUGGUGACCCAUGACUGGUGUAAUGUCUAGUUGUUUUUUUUUAUGGAGCCCAAUAAAUGAUGUAAUGUCUAAUUGGUUUUGUUUAUGGAGCCCAAUGAAGGCUGUAAUGUCUAUUUAGUAAGUUCAUGGUGCCCCAUGAGUGCUGUAAUGUCUAGUUGAUUUUUUUAUGGUGCCCAAUAAAUGUUGUUAUGUCUAGUUGGUUUGUUUAUACCGCCCACUAAAUGCUGUAAUGUCUAGUUGGUUUGUUUAUGGUGCCCCAAUGACUGGUGUAAUGUCUAGUUGAUUUUUUUAUGGUGCCCAAUAAAUGUUGUUAUGUCUAGUUGGUUUGUUUAUACCGCCCACUAAAUGCUGUAAUGUCUAGUUGGUUUGUUUAUGGUGCCCCAUGACUGGUGUAAUGUCUAGUUGAUUUUUUUAUGGUGCCCAAUAAAUGUUGUUAUGUCUAGUUGGUUUGUUUAUACCGCCCAAUAAAUGCUGUAAUGUCUAGAUGGUUUGUUUAUGGUGCCCACUAAAUGCUGUAACAUCUAGUUUGUUAUGUUAAGAUCCAACAGCAACAUGUUCCGGUAAGAGCUGUACCAGUUGUUAAGAGAUUAGAUGUGUUAGGUUGCCAGUCUCGUAAUAUGAAUUGAUUGCAUGUUAAUUAUUGAUAUAAAAAAUGUAACUAUCACAUCUCUUUUUAUAUGCACAUCCUGUUUCUGAUUUGUUAAAGAAAUACAAUACUUGUAAAUGCCAAUGUGACAUUGGCUGAGUAGGACACUUGAGUAAUGCUUGUAUAUACAAAUGUGACAUUGGCUGAGUAGGCCACUGGAGUAAUACUUGUAUAUGCCAAUGUGACAUUGGCUGAUGACGCCACUGGAGUGUUCUAAAAAAAGAUUAUGUCUCACACAUGUCAUGACGUCAUACGUCGAGUCAAUUCUGAAUGUUCAAAAUGGGGAACACACAAGGGAAAUUUGAACUGUCGAUCAACCCAAGAACGUGAUAUGGCAACACUACCAUGUGACAUUACAAAUCUACCACGUGACAUUACAACUGUACCACGUGAUGCUACAACUUUAUCGAGUGCUAUUACGCUUGCAAAUGUUUCUUCCACAAAAAGUAGAGGCCGUGAAAAACGUGAUUCUCAAUUACAUUUUAUUGACGCAAUGGUGUUGUAUCAAACAUGUCCCUAGAAAACAUGUCCCUAGAAAACAUGUCCCUAGAAAAUAUGUCCCUAGAAAACAUGUCCCUAGAAAACAUGUCCCUAGAAAAUAUGUCCCUAGAAUACAUGUCCCUAGAAAACAUGUCCCCUAGAAAACAUAUUUAUACUUGUGUAUCCCUUGUCUGGAGAUAACUCCUCUCUACAUUGUUUUUAAUCGUUACCUUUACUUUGUUUUAUUGAUAGGGCUCAAAUUGACGGGGUCAAGGCUGUUGCAGUGUCCGCCAUAGCUAAAGCCUGAUUGUUAAGUUAUCUUGUUGGUCUAACAUAGGAUUAUUAAGGCCAGGUAAGAACUUCUGUUUACGUCAUACAGGUGUCAUUUUAUAUUCUACUCAUGAUAGACAUUUUUUUCUUUCUUUGAGUACCCCCCCCCUUUCCUCUUUUCUUUCGCAAUUGUCUUUUGUUACGGAAGUCUACUAAUUUGAAUUCAUACAUAUAUAUGAUGUGGCAUGUGUGAUGUGUGGCAUGUGCUGUGUGAUUUGUGGUGUUCGAUGUAGGUUGUGUCAUGUGAUUCGUGUGCUGUGUCAUGUGUGUUGUGCUUUUUGUGCAGUGUGUCAUGUGUGCUGUGUCAUGAUUGUUGUGUGUUAUAUGUCAUGUGUGUAAUGUGGCGUAUGAUGUGAGUUGUGUCAUGUGAGUUGUGUGAUGUGUGAAAGCUGUCAAAUAGAAUUGCUUGCAUGCAAGUUAGAUAGGAAAUAUAUACAUUUUCUUAUCACUCAAAUCUCCUUAAUUGUUUGCUAACAAUACAAAAUUAAUAUUAGACAUACUGAACAAUAUGAUCUCUUAUAUAUAUAUAUAUAUAUAUAUAUAUAUAUAUAUAUAUAUAUAUAUAUAUAUAUAUAUAUAUAUAUAUAAAUAUAUAUAUAUAUAUAAAGACAUAUUACUAAUGUUGUUUCCUUCUUCCUUCUCAAUACCUUCUCUCGCAUACUCAACAUAUUUGAUAUUAAUUGUACAGAGUGGAAGUAACAGCUGUCAACCAGUGAGUGUCAUGUUUGAUGGUUAAACUCAAGUCAAAUGGUUUGGUUCAUUGCGAGGCCACUAUUAUAUUAAUCAGUAAAAAGCCAUGGGUAUGGCGUAGGACUCUCUCCACGACUGUCUGUAGGACUGUCUGUAGGACUGUCUGUAGGACUGUCUGUAGGACUGUCUGUAGGACUGUCUGUAGGACUGUCUGUAGGUCUGUCUGUAGGACUGUCUGUAGGACUGUCUGUAGGACUGUCUGUAGGACUGUCUGUAGGACUGUCUGUAGGACUGUCUGUAGGUCUGUCUGUAGGACUGUCUGUAGGACUGUCUGUAGGACUGUCUGCAGGACUGUCUGUAGGACUGUCUGCAGGACUGUCUGUAGGACUGUCUGCAAGACUGUCUGUAGGACUUUUGUAUAAAGGUUCAAAGUUUCUAAAACUGUUGGUGCAUGGAGUUCAAAGUGUGGAGUUGGGAGUGUGGAUUGGGUCUGUGGAGUGGGAAGUGUGCAGUUGGGAGUGAGUAAAUUGGAGUGUGCAGUUGGGAGUGAGUAAAUUGGAGUGUGCAGUUUGGAGUGUGGACUUGUAGGUGCGGAGUGUGCAGUUGUGAAUGUGCAGUUGGGAGAUACAGGAUUAGAAUGUCAAGUAUAAUAACAGGUUUGCCUGUCAUUGCCUGUCAUUGCCUGUCCAUUGACAGUGGUGUCCCACAAUUAACCGUUAUUCUUCAAUGGCUUUCCAUUUAUGACUAGAUGCCUUCUGUCACUGAUUCAUGUUAAUGGUGUCAUAGUGUUGUCAUUGUGUCCCAUUACUCUGGUGUCAACCCUUCACUAUGUCCAUAUUUCACCGUGUCACCCCUUGACUAUGUCCAUAUUUCACUUUGUCACCCCUUCACUAUGUCCAUAUUUCACUGUGUCACCCCUUCACUAUGUCCAUAUUUCACUGUGUCACCCCUUCACUAUGUCCAUAUUUCACUGUGUCACCCCUUCACUAUGGCCAUAUUUCGCUGGUGUUACCUCUUCACUAUGUCCAUAUUUCACUGGUGUCACCCUUUCCCUAUGUCCAUGUUUCGCUGUUGUCAACCCCUUCGCUAUGUCUAUAUUUCACUAUUGUCUUCCUGUCACUAUGUCCCUUGUGUCUUUGUCCACAUUUAGCUGUUGUCGUCCUGCACCCUGUCACUAUGUCAUCCAUGUAACUUUUCCCCUCAUGUCACUAGUGUUAUUCAGUCCCCGUGUUCCUGGUACUAUCAUGUCAAACGUUACCACCAUGACAUUGGUUUUCUACGGUCAUUGAUGUUCAAACUGAUCCACGGGAUGGGGCUGAAAAUUUGAAAGAGUGUGCUGUCAUCGGCAAGGAGUCUAUGUGCGAAGUUUCAGUUUGAUAGUUUUACGGAAAGUGGGUCAAUUAGCCAUCCAAAGAUUUAGACAGUACGCCACCCAGCGGGCCACCCACGGACAGCAGCGAGGUUAAUAUAAAGGAUUUUAUUAUAUAGCAAGUGUGUUUGGUGCAUUCUAGUUUCUUUACUUCCUUUUGUUUAUUACUUUUUCCCCACUGUCAUUCGUGCCCGCUCUGCCAUUCGUGCCCCCCCCCCUCCUGCCAUUCGUGUCCCCAAUGUCAUUCGUGACCCCACUGUCAUUCGUGCCCGCUCUGCCAUUCGUGCCCCCCCCCCCUCCUGCCAUUCGUGUCCCCAAUGUCAUUCGUGACCCUGCUGUCAUUCGUGCCCCGACUGUCAUUUGUGUCACCCACAAUGCUUUCCUGUUUACAACAUAUAAAUCACGCAUACUUUUUUUCUGUGACUGUACCAUUGUUCGAGCCAUCGCAUAUCCGGAAGCACAACAACAGAAUAAUAUCUCAUUUCGUCCAGUGUUUCACAUUACAUUGAGUUUUGAGAGUAAUUUUAUUUUUCCGUUCUCGCCCACUUCCGCUUUUGAUAAAGUUAAAGUUUGAAGAGUUUCGGUCCUUCACAGGAGAAUAGGAGACUUGAAAUUCGAUUAAAUUUCUCUUAAAUUAAAACAAAAAAAUAAUGACGCAACUGUUACCAUUUUCAUAAUACAAUUAUUACAUUCCUACAUAAUACAUUCCUAAUAUACAUUAUAGACUAGGGUCAUCAAACUAUUUCUUUAGUGUCUCUUAGACAAUUGCGGGGGGGGGGGGGGGGGGGGGUUUUUUNUCUAAGCGCUUUACAAUUAUUAAAACAUGUAAACUAAGUAAAUACAAAUGAGACACUAGGAUAGUAACUACUAUUCUAUAGAAACAAUGAAAAUGGCUAUAAAACGAGGACUUAUCAUACAACGCACUCUAUUAUGAAUGAUUUCUUAUCAUACAACGCACUCUGUAAUUCGUAUUAUAGUGGGAAGUAUGUGCCUGGCAUUUUGCUUAAAAAGAUAGAUGAUGCCUUGUUCUAUAGUCUUCAUUGCUGAUUGGGGAGAAUUAAAGUUACCUGGUAAGCCGGAUCUUGCCCGCAGGCCGUAGAUUCAGAACCCCAAAUAAGACCAAUUGAUUUUUGUUAAGGCCGAAAUAGAUGUGUAGACAUUACCCCCCCCCCCACCCCAAAAAAAAAAAAAAAUCCUCCGAGUCAAGCAGCUAAAUUAUGUCGCAAUAUUUGUAUCAAUGAGUCUUUGAAAAGGCUAAGGCUGUUCCUGGAAUAGAAAACAUAAUAGCAUGGGAAAGACUUGUCAGACAACAUGAUCCCAUGGAAAGACUUGCCAGACAACAUGCUCCCAUGUGAAGACUUGUCAGACAACAUGAUCCCAUGGGAAGACUUGUCAGACAACAUGAUCCAUGGGAAGAUUUGUCUGACAAUAUGAUCCCAUGGUAAGACUUGUCAGACAACAUGAUCCCAUGUGAAGACUUUUCAACCUUAUUUAGAGACAGCCAAAACAUUCACAAAUUAAAUUUUAUUUCUGGUAAAUUCAGCAGGGAAGAUUUAUUACGCAAUCGUUUUGUGGAAUCCACGGAUAGAUGGAUUAUUCGGGUAGGGUGUGGGGAAAGUAUAGAAAAGGCCCCGAUCCUGCUUCACCCAAAACAGAAAUGAAACAUCGGCAUGAAAUGUUUUAAAAAUUAUCUGUAGGGUGGUCCGCCUGUAGAGUGGCCCGCCUGUAGAGUGGUCCACCUGUAGAGUGGCCCACCUGUAGAGUGGUCUGCCUGUAAAGUGGCCCGCCUGUAGAGUGGUCCACCUGUAGAGUGGUCCGCCUGUAGAGUGGUCCACCUGUAGAGUGGUCCGCCUGUAGAGUGGUCCACCUGUAGAGUGUUCCGCCUGUUGGCUCCUCAAACCAUGAUCAAUUGCUCCCCUCACCUGGGACUUAGUCCUCUCACGGUAUAAAUUAAUGUAGAUUCAUUUAGGUGUCGUCACCCAUCUAAAUACACAACGUGAAACAAAUCAUUUCAAUGAUAAGUACCUUACUUUCAAAUUGAAUUUGGAAUCCGAAUACGCAAGAACAGUUUUGAAUAUAAUGGGAUGAGAAUCUCUACUAAACAGCUAUCAGUAGCGUCCCCCCCCCCACAACCCUUCUUUCUCACUCCACCCAGGAGUUGACACUUGGCACUGGCUAUUGAUUUCCGCCCAUCUCAUCCGCCUGCCAACCUCGCCCGGUGCUUGGCGUUGUUGGUCACAUUACAGUGACACGUUACAGUGUGAGCCUCACUCGGUCGUCUUGUCCUGUGGUCACCUUCGUCAAAUCUGGUGCACGUCUCUGUUACCUGGAGCUACCAAUCGAUAGUUUGUCAAUGCACAAUAGCUGAGCUGAGAUGGUAAGAUUCUGUACUGUGCGUGUAGUAAUUCCUUGUAUUUGAAAGGCACCGCUGUCUCUGCGCGGGGUCAGAAUGUUGAAGGUUCGGUUCUGGGUUUCACUCCCUACCUAACGAGGCAACAACAAAAAGUGAAAAAAAAAAAAAAAUUGAAACCUCCUAUUUUGAGUUAAGAUACCUCAGAGGUCCCCCUAGCUGUUUUUUUGGUUUAGCACCCUCGCAUCAGUUUCUAGAUCCGCCCCUGAAUGUGACGUAAAUAUAAACUAACAAGCGUAAAUCAAAUGUUAAAAUAUAGGCCAUGUUGGAACAAAUAUUACAGCCCACAUGUAGACAAACAUUGUUAAAUAAAAUUCAAUUGAAAUUAGUCAGACAUGUAAAAUUUAUAGCAAUAAAUCAGUCAUAUAUGUAACAUUCAUAGCUUUAAAUUAGUCAUACAUGUAGUAAUUAUAGAUAAAAUUUAGUUAUACCGAGCCAUGUCCAUAAUUUAGCUAUCGUUGGAAUAUAUCUGAUUUAAUUAGUAUUCCUUUAAUCUUUCAAACAUAAGUCUCAAAAUACGGAAAAUAAAAUUUGGUUUUCCUAUCAAUUCUAAGAGUUCAGGACCGGUCAGGACUUAACUAAGAGUUCAGGACCGGUCAGGACUUAACUAAGAGUUCAGGACCGGUCAGGACUUAAAUAAGAGUUCAGGACCGGUCAGGACUUAACUAAGAGUUCAGGACCGGUCAGGACUUAACUAAGACUUCAGGUCCGGUCAGGACUUAACUAAGAGUUCAGGUCCGGUCAGGACUUAACUAAGAGUUCAGGUCCGGUCAGGACUUAACUAAGAGUUCAGGUCAGUUCAGGUCCGGUCAGGACUUAACUAAGACUUCAGGUCCGGUCAGGACUUAACUAAGAGUUCAGGUCAGUUCAGGUCCGGUCAGGACUUAACUAAGAGUUCAAGUCCGGUCAGGACUUAACUAAGAGUUCAGGUCAGUUCAGGUCCGGUCAGGACUUAACUUAGAGUUCAGGUCAGUUCAGGUCAGGUCAGGCCUUAACUCUUAACUAAGAGUUCAAGUCCGGUCAGGACUUAACUAAGAGUUCAGGUCAGUUCAGGUCCGGUCAGGACUUAACUAAGAGUUCAGGUCAGUUCAGGUCAGGUCAGGACUUAACUAAGAGUUCAGGUCCGGUCAGGACUUAACUAAGAGUUCAGGUCCGGUCAGGACUUAAAAUUGUUGGCGCAAACCUGGUUUUCUCUAUCUUCCUGUCCAUUUAAACAGAGCGCAUGCUAUAAGCGCAUUUAUUGAGCGCGUUCUAUGAGCUGCAAGUUUCAAAUUUAGGUGUCACAAUCAUAUGCUUAAAUAAAUCUUUAAUUUUCAGCUAUUAAUAAAUUGUAAUAUUUUACAUUUCUCUAAAAAAUAAGAACUUGCUAAAUGCCACAUUUUGAUAACAGCCAUCCCUGUUAUGUGUCAUCAAGCAUUACUGAAGUUAAAGUUAUAGUUCUCGAUGUCAUUUAGUCCCAGUAAGAUAUGUCACAUAUCUUAGUGAUCCCAGUAAAGUUUGACAGUCAAUUCUCUAUAACAUUUUAGUAAACCUGGCUAGGUACCCAGCUAACAUAAGUCUAUUCUCUAUAUGUUAUUGAAACUGGCUUGGAACUCAGCAAACAUAUGUCUAUUCUCUAUAUAUUAGUGAACCUGCCUAGGUACCCAGCAAACAUCAGUCUAUUCUCUACAUGUUAGUGAACCUGGCUAAGUACUCAGACUACAUAAGUAUCUUCUCUACAUGAUAGUGAACCUGGCUGGGUACUCAGCAACAUAAGCCUAUUCUCUACAUGUUAGUGAACCUGGCUAGGUACUCAACAAACAUAAAUAUAUUCUCUAUAUGUUUGUGAACCUGGCUGGAUACAGCAAACAUAAAUCUAUUCCCUAGAUGUUAGUGAACCUGGCUAGGUACUCGACAAGCAUAUAUCUAUCCUCUAUAAGUUAGUGAACCUGGCUAGGUACUCAGCCAACAUAUAUCUAUUCUCUAUAUGUUAGUAAACCUUGCUAGGUACUCUGCAAACAUAAAUCUAUUCUCUAUAUUAUGUUAGUGAACCUGGCUAGGUACUCUGCAAACAUAAAUCUAUUCUCUAUAUGUUAGUGAACCUGGCUAUGUACUCAGCAAGCAUAAAUCUAUUCUCUACAUGUUAGUGAACCUGGCUAGGUACUCGGCACACAUAAGUCUAUUCUCUAUAUGUAAGUGAACGUGGCUAGGUACUCAACGAACAUAAAUCUGUGUUUUAUAAACAAAACUUCGCUAUCACUUGGUUACACAAAACAGUUUCAUGUUCCUGUGGCAUCACACCGUGACAUAUUGCACGCCCUUCAUAACAAGUUUGACCUUCAACCUAUUUAAGCCAGCGCAGGCAUAGGGGGGCGAUUUGACGAUUUAAAAUCAGUGCUUCUCAAAGUGGUGUUUAGGAUAGCAAAAAAAAAAAGUUUAAAUGGGGGUGGGGGUGUACAUAUAUACUUAGUACACUAUGUAGUCGACGGUAAAGUUUCUUUGAAAUUUUGUACCAAUGAAGUUGCCAAUAUGGCCACCGUGGGUCUUAAAGUAACCCUUUGUUUAGCAUUUAUAACCUAAGAAUCAAGAGAAAUGUAGCUUUUAGGUUUGGCACAAGUUAUCACAGUUUGCAUGUUAAGAGACUAUUGAGAGAAGAUAUGAGAGAAUAAUGAGAGAAUGUUGAGAGAAUGUUGAUAUAAUGUUGAGAGAGUAUUGAGAGAAUAUUGAGAAAAUGUCGAGAGAAUGUUGAGAGACUCAUUAACUUGAUGUCACAUUAACUUGAUGUCACAUUAACUUGAUGUCAAAUUAACUUGAUGUCACAAUAACUUGACGCCACAUUAACGUGAUGUCACAUUAACUUGAUGUCACAUUAACUUGAUGUCAAUUUAUCUUGAUGUCACAUAAUCUUGAUGUCACAUUAUCUUGAUGUCACAUUAUGUUGAUGUCACAUUAACUUGAUGUCACAUUAACUUGAUGUCACAUUAACGUGAUGUCACAUUAACGUGAUGUAACAUUAACUUGAUGUAACAUUAACUUGAUGUCACAUUAUCUUGAUGUCACAUGAACUUGAUGUCGCAUGAACUUGACGUCACAUUACCUUGAUGUCACAUUAUCUUGAUGUCACAUUAACUUGAUGUCACAUUAAUUUGAUGUCAAUUUAUCUUGAUGUCACAUAAUCUUGAUGUCACAUUAACUUUAUGUCACAUUAAAUUGAUUUCACAUUAUCUUGUUGUUACAUUAACUUGAUGUCAAAUUAACUUGACUCACAUUAACUUCAUGUUACAUUAACUUGAUGUCACAUGAACUUAAUGUCACAUUAACUUGAUGUCACAUUAACUUGAUGUCACAUUAUCUUGAUGUCACAUAAUCUUGAUGACACAUUAUCUUGAUGACACAUUAACUUGAUGUUGUAUUAACUUGAUGUCACAUUAACUUGAGUAACAUAAACGUAGUGUGACAUAACUUGAUGUCACAUUAACUUGAUUUCACAUUAUCUUGAUGUCACAUGAACUUGAUGGUGCAUGAACUUGAUGUCACAUUAAAUUGAUGUCACAUUAACUUGAUGUCACAUUAACUUGAUGUCACAUUAACUAGAUGUGACACAAUCUGUAUGUCACAUUAUCUUGAUGUCAAAUUAACAUGAUGUCACAUUAAAUUGAUGUCACAUUAACUUGAUGUCACAUUAACGUGAUGUCGCAUUAAAGUGAUGUCACAUUAACUUGAUGUCACAUUAAUUUUAUGUCACAUUUACUUGUCACAUUAACUUGAAGUCACAUUAACAUAUAUCACAUUAACUUGAUGUAACUUUAACUUGAUGUCACAUUAACUUAAUGUCACAUUAUCUUGAAGUCUCAUUAACUUGAUCUCAAAUUAACUUGAUGUCACAUUAACUUGAUGUCACAUUAACUUGAUAUCACAUUAGCUUGAUUCACAUUAUCUUAAUGUCCAAUUAUCUUGAUGUCACAUUAACUUGAUGUCACAUUAACUUCAUGUUACAUUAACUUGAUGUCACAUGAACUUGAAGUCACAUUAUCGUGAUGUCACAUUAACUUGAUGUCACAUGAACUUUAUGUGACAUUAUAUUGAAAUGACAUUAUCUUGAUGUGACAUUAACUUGAUGUCACAUUAACUUGAUGUCACAUUAACUUGAUGUCACGUUUAUGUGAUGUCACAUUAACUUGAUGUCACAUUAACUUUAUAUCACAUUAUCGUGAUGUUACAUUAAAUUGAUGUCACAUUAUCUUGCUGUCACAUUAUCUAGAUUCACAUAAACUUGAUGUCACAUUAUCUUUGUGUCACAUUAACUUGAUGUCACAUUAGCUUGAUGUCACAUUAACUUAAUUUCACAUUAUCUUGAUAUCACAUUAUAUUGAUGUCACAUUAACUUGAUGUUACAUUAACGUGAUGUCACAUUGACUUAAUGUCACAUUGACUUGAUGUCCCAUUAACGUGAGUCACAUUAUCUUGAUGUCACUUUAACUUGAUGUCACAAUAUCUUAAUGUCACAUUAUCUUGAUGUCACAUUAUUUUGAUGUCAAGUUAAUUUGAUGUCACAUUAUCUGGAUGUCACAUUAACUUUAUGUCAUAUUGAGUUGAUGCAACUUUAACUUUAUGUCACAUUAAAUUUAUGUCACAUUUACUUUAUUUCACAUAAACUUAAUGUCACAUUGAGUUGAUGCAACUUUAUCUUGAUGUCACACUAACUUAAACUGACAUUAUCUUUUGGGCUUUGCUACAAAAAGUCGAGCGUGAAUUGAGAGAAAUACGUUUUUUAAGCAACAGAUAAAUAUUUAUGAAAACGCUUUACAGGGAGAUAAUUAUGUGCCCGGAGAGUUAAAGUAAUCCCAAUAAUUGUCUGCCCUUUCUGUUUAAUUAUUGAUAACACUAAUGUCAAGCUGAUGACGUAUCUUAUGCUCAGGGACAGGUUCUCAAUUUUAGACCAAAAACAAAACAAAAAAUGUGUGUGUGCGCCAGUUGUCAACACAAAACGAUUUUAUUAAAGACACAUAUUGUGUGUGUGUGUGUGAGUGUGAGUGAGUGAGUGUCCGUGCGUGCGUGGGUAAAUGCAUGUUUGUGUAUGUGUUUGUGCUUGGGUGGGUGCGUGUAUGUGUGUGUGUGAGAGAGUGGGCGCAAUUCUUAUUAUAACAACUUUUACAAUCCUCAUGUUGCAAUAAGGUGUUUGAAUUUGAUGAAUACUUCAAUUUAUUUGGACAUUUUCUAAAUUGAAGGGGGGAGUGAUUAAGUAUUUCUUAACCUGAAUGCUACCUGUGGCACAAUUUCCUGGUCACUAACCUGAAUGCUACCUGUGGCACAAUUUCCUGGUCACUAAUCUGAAUGCUACCUGUGGCACAAUUUCCUGGUCACUAACCUGAAUGCUACCUGUGGCACAAUUUCCUGGUCACUAAUCUGAAUGCUACCUGUGGCACAAUUUCCUGGUCACUAACCUGAAUGCUACCUGUGGCACAAUUUCCUGGUCACUAAUCUGAAUGCUACCUGUGGCACAAUUUCCUGGUCACUAACCUGAAUGCUACCUGUGGCACAAUUUCCUNUUUUUUUUAUAUUGAAUAGUUAGCGUAAAAAAAACAAAUAUUUAGAAAAAAAAAUUAAAAAAUUUUUUCACAAUAGGGGCCCUACCCCCCCCCCCCCCUAAUAUUUGAUUGACAGGUUAGCAUGUAGUGGAGCUCUACAUGUGUUUGUGUUGACAGGGCAGUUCGUCACCUGGCAGAGCCCCGCAUGCCAAUGUCAAUGUUCUCUGAAAGCUAUUGUAACAAAGUAUGUACCAGUCUCUAGAUUUUAACAACCCGGUACCAUGUCAACAACCUUAUGUAAUAGACAUGUAUUACAAUAUAUAUGCUGCACCCCAAAGUUAAUCCACAGCUAGCCCCACUACCUUGCCCCCUACCUGCCCCUCCACCGUUAAGUACGUUUCCACAGUAUCUGGAACAGUGGUUAUCAUCCUGUUUGGGGGGGGUGGGUCGAACGACAUUAUACAGGGGUCACCUAAAACCAUCGGAAAACAAAAUUUAUGAAUUAGAAACGAAAAUAUUUUUUUAUGGUUUGGUGGCGCCACAACAUGGGGAACUGUAUUAAUACAGUAUCUGGAACAGUGGUUAUCAUCCUGUUUGGGGGGGGGGGGUCGAACGACAUUAUACAGGGGUCACCUAAAACCAUCGGAAAACAAAAUUUAUGAAUUAGAAACGAAAAUAUUUUUUUAUGGUUUGGUGGCGCCACAACAUGGGGAACUGUAUUAAAGAGUCAAGGCAGUAAGAAGAUUGAGAACCACUGAUCUAUAGUCACAUAAACAAGGAGACUGGCAAUGGAUUAACCACUGCUAAAAAUGCAUGAUAUAUAGAAUGGAGAGUCCCUAUAUUUAUUGUUACAAAACUAAAAAAAAUCAAUCUAUAAUUAAAGAAAAUCAAGUUAUAAGUUUUGAAUAACCUUAGUGAACACGGGGCUCUGGUCCCAUUCAAUCCCCAUAGGUACGCCUUCUGGGGACAGAGGCGUAGCGAAGGGUGGGGGCAAGACUACCCGCGCGCCAGCUAGUUAGGGGCGCCAAAAUGUGCUUUGAUAUUAUUUUAUUGAUGAAAAGAAUACUUUUGAGAGUUAAGAAAAGAAAAAGGUGUGCUUUAAAAUGAAUCUUGUUCCCGGGCUCUGAACUCUUUUGCUACGCCCCUGAAUGGGGAUAACUACUACUAUAGGUCACGCCUCUGAAUGGGAAUAACUACUCCUAUUGGUCAACCCUCUGAAUGGGGAUAACUAUUCUUAUAGGUCACACCUCUGAAUGGGGAUAACUUCUCCUAUAUGUCACGCCUCUGAAUGAGGACAACUACUCCUAUAGGUCACUCCUCUGAAAGGGGGAUAACUACUCCUAUAGGUCACGAAGUUAACCCUUAAAAUAAUUUGGAUACCAUAAACAUAUGCAACGUUAGCUAACAUUUGACACCAACCAGUGAUGUUAAACUAAUGGUCAAACCGGGAAGGGUUGUGGUAAGAGAAAGCGUGGGUAAGAGAGGAGGAUGGGAGUGGGGGCAUUGUCUUGCUAAAUGCCAACACCUAAUCUAUUUCAACACAACACUCGUAAUUCAAAGUGAAACAAGUCAGGUCUCAUGAAGAGUAAAAAGCCCAGAGUGAUUGCUUCUCUAAUUGCACAGCUUGCCAAUACUAGCUUUAAAAUAGUUGAGUCUGGCUCACUGGAAGUGCAAGGGUUCUGGCUCACUGGUAGUACGAGGGUUCUCGCUCACUGGUAGUACAAGGGUUCUGGCUCACAGGUAGUACAAGGGUUCUGGCUCACUGGAUGUACAAGGGUUCUGGCUCACUGGUAGUACAAGGGUUCUGGCUCACUAGUAGUACAAGGGUUUUCAACCUUUUCAGCAUGCGGGCCAAAUUUUUAAAUGAUAUUUCCUGCCGGGCCACAGACCUAAUUUUUGUUUGUUAAUUAAAGUAAACAAGCAAGCGUGCUACAGCUUCAACCACGUCGUUGCUUCCCAUUAGGAGAGAUCAUGGUAAAACGCUUCCCAUAAGGUGAGAUCAUAGUCAAACGCUUCCCAUUAAGAGAGAUCAUGGUAAAACACUUCCCAUUUGGAGAGAUCGUGGUAAAACACUUCCCAUUAGGAGAUAUCAUGGUUAAACGCUUCCCAUUAGGAGAGAUCAUGGUUAAACGCUUCCCAUUAGGAGAGAUCAUGGUUAAACGCUUCCCAUUAGGAGAGAUCAUGGUUAAACGCUUCCCAUUAGGAGAGAUCAUGGUCAAACACUUGCCUGGUUUUACAUAAACAAUACAAGAAAUAGGUAUUUAAAACAAAGAAAUUAAAACAUAACUGGGAAUCAAACAUAUUUUAAACAAUUAAAAACUAUGUUAAUUUGACCUAGCUCCCCGGUUCGCAAAAUUAAUCCCGGUGGUGUUGGCGAUCCCUGAACUAGAAGAUCAUUCCUAGAGUUUACUUAAUAAAACUUACAAAAUGUGCAUGUUUCUGAGUCCCACGUCAGUUUCAUCGGGUAUACAUGUCAUAGAGCAGUGGUUCUCAACCUUUUUAAUGCCGCGACCCUUUUAAUACUGUUACUCAUGUUGUGGCGACCCCCAAUCACAAAAUUAUUUUCGUUGAUACUUUAUAACUGUGGAGUUAUGUGUUUUCAGAUGGUCUUAGGCGACCCUUGUGAAAGGGUCGUGCGACCACCAAAGGGGUCGCGACCCACAGAUCAAGAACCGCUGUCAUAGAAUAUCCUGCUAUGAUUCUUUUUCCAGUUAAUACUAGAAUAUAAAUUGUUUUGAGUAAAAACAAAUAAUUUUACACAUCUAAAUUCUUAUCAAUAUUUAGGUUAGUCAAUACCACAUAUUUUACAUAUCAAUUCUAUUCGGUGCACUUUUAGCUAUGUCAAUGAAACAACAGUUUAUCAAUAUGUUAUUAACAGUGGACACAAGUCUACUGUAAUAUUUGAGCUAACGAAGGGCUUUAACAUACAUAAACUUUAUGAUCACUUCUAUGUUAACAAUGCUAAACUUUAGGAUCACUUCUAUGUUAACAAUGCUAAACUUUAGGAUCACUUCUAUGUUAACAAUGCUAAACUUUAGGAUCACUUCUAUGUUAACAAUGCUAAACUUUAGGAUCACUUCUACGUUAAAAUGUCAACUAAAUCAAAAAAAAGGCUUUUUGUUAAAUUUAAGAUUCCUCUCCACUAGCACAGUGAAUCUUUCUUUUUUUUUUUUCAAAACAUCCCCAACAACCGUGGUUGUAGAAAAUCUAUUUCGCUUGGCCUGUCGAUGGUGUGAUGUGGCGGGGCUACUGUGGUGGAGUGAGAGGUGAGACGGGGCAGGUUUGUCUACCUGUUGCACUAAAGUGUAAGCACCGUGGAGGAAGCUUAAAAUUCCUGUGGCAGCAGAACACGAAAGGUUCAAAUAUCCGUAUGACCAGCGGUUUGGUUUCAACAUGUGUUAGGUUCAUAGAAUCCAUUCUGGUUAUGUUCAUGUACAGUUAUAAUGAAAAUUUGACUUAACGGGUAGCUAUAGGACAAUUCAAUGUAUGCAUUUAACAUGUUCAGUAAGUAUGAAAAAUUGAUUUGUUAGGUAGCUAUAAGACUUUUUAAUGUUCAUGUAAUGUGUACACUUAGUAUGAAAAUUUGACUUAAUAGGUAGCUAUAGGAAUAUUCAAUGUUCAUUUAAUAUGUACCUUUAUUUUGAAAAUUUGACUUAUUAAGUAGCUGUAGGACUAUUCAAUGCUCCUAUAAUGUGUUCAUUUAAUAUGAAAACAUUUGGCUUAUUAUGUAGUUAUUUAUAAAACUCCCUGACUUAAUACGAUCGACACGAUAUUAUUGUUUCAAGAUGUAAGAUUAAACUUAGGUCUUUAGCAAUUCCAAUAGUUAUACCUAACUGACCCUGUAAUGGAAUGUUAUACCUAACUGACCCUGUUAAUGUAUUGUUAUAUCUAACUGACCCUGUUAAUAGAUUGUUAUAACUAAAUGACCCUCUUUAUGGAUUGUUAUACCUAACUGACCCUGUUAAUGGAUUGUUAUACCUAACUGACCCUGUUAAUUGAUUGUAUACCUUACUAACUGACCCUGUAAAUGGAUUGUUAUACCUAACUGACCCUGUAAGUGGAUUGUUAUACCUAACUUACUCUGUUAAUGGAGUGUUAUACCUAACUGACACUGUUAAUGGAUUGUUAUACCUAACUGACACUUUAAAUUUAAUUGUUAAUCUAACUGACUCUGUGAAUGGCUUGUUAUACCUAACUGACUCUGUUAAUGGAUUGUUAUACCUAACUGACACUUUUAAUUUAAUUGUUAUAUCUAACUGACUCAGUAAGUGGAUUGUUAUAUUUAACAGACCCUGUUAAUGGAUUGUUAUACCUAAAUGACCAUGCAAGUGUAUUGUUGUACAUAACUGACCCUUUAAAAUCAUUGUUAUACCAAACUGAUCCCGCAAGUGGAUUGUUAUACCUAAAUGACCCUGUAAAUGGAUUGUUAUACCUAACUGUUCCUGCAAGUGAAUUUUCUUACCCAAUUGACCUUGUUAAUGAAUUGCUAUAAUCAAAUGAUCUAGUAACUGGAAAGUUUAAUUCAUGAACACAAUAUAUAUUGUGGUCUACUGUGGACUAACCAAAUAAAUAAUUUUUCUUUGUUAAAAUUUAGAAAAGAAAACAAAUUAAUUAUCAAAGCUUUCCUCUCAGCAAAAGUUUCGAUAUUUGUGGACUGAACAAGUCUUUGCUUUGUGUGAAGUCAUGUUGUAUGUCUUUUGAUGUCAAGUCGUAUGUGUUUUGAUGUCAUGUUGUGUGUCUUUUGAUGUCAAGUCGUAUGUGUUUUGAUGUCAUGUUGUAUGUCUUUUGAUGUCAAGUCGUAUGUGUUUUGAUGUCAUGUUGUAUGUCUUUUGAUGUCAAGUCGUAUGUGUUUUGAUGUCAUCUUGUAUGUCUUUUGAUGUCAAGUCGUAUGUGUUUUGAUGUCAUGUUGUAUGUCUAUUGAUGUCAAGUCGUAUGUGUUUUGAUGUCAUCUUGUAUGUCUUUUGAUGUCAUGUCGUAUGUGUUUUGAAGUCAUGUUGUAUGUCUUUUGAUGUCAAGUCGUAUGUGUUUUGAUGUCAAGUCGUAUGUGUUUUGAUGUCAUAUUGUAUGUCUUUUGAUGUCAUGUCGUAUGUGUUUUGAAGUCAUGUUGUAUGUCUUUUGAUGUCAAGUCGUAUGUGUUUUGAUGUCAUGUUGUAUGUCUUUUGAUGUCAAGUCGUAUGUGUUUUGAUGUCAUCUUGUAUGUCUUUUGAUGUCAAGUCGUAUGUGUUUUGAUGUCAUGUUGUAUGUCUUUUGAUGUCAAGUCGUAUGUGUUUUGAUGCAACAUAAUGUUUAUUUAGGUUCUUACUUCAGGAAUCUAAGCCUUACUUUCACCAACUUAUGUAGACAACUCCAUCUGUUAAAAGUCGACAUCAGAAGUUGUUAAAAAUGGAAAUAAAAUAACAACUUGCCAAUAUGUCUGUAUUGAUGUCUUUAGUAGUAAGUUUGAUGACAUAGUAAGUUUGAUGGCAUAGUAAGUUUGAUGACAUAGUAAGUUUGAUGACGUAGUAAGUUUGAUGACAUAGUAAGUUUGAUGGCAUAGUAAGUUUGAUGACAUAGUAAGUUUGAUGACAUAGUAAGUUUGAUGACGUAGUAAGUUUGAUGACAUAGUAAGUUUGAUGGCAUAGUAAGUUUGAUGACAUAGUAAGUUUGAUGACAUAGUAAGUUUGAUAACGUAGUAAGUUUGAUGACAUAGUAAGUUUGAUGACAUAGUAAGUUUGAAGACAUAGUAAGUUUGAUGAGUAGUAAGUUUGAUGACAUUGUAAGUUUGAUGACGUAGUAAGUUUGAUGAUAUAGUAAGUUUGAUGACAUAGUAAGUUUGAUGAGUAGUAAGUUUGAUGACAUAGUAAGUUUGAUGACACUGUAAGUGUGAUGACAUAGUACGUUUGAUGAUAAGGUAAGUUUGAUGACGUAGCAAGUUGGAUAGGGUAGUAAGUUUGAGUACAAAUUGUUUUUAUUUAUUUCGCGUGAGUAAUUUUUUAAAGAAUGAGUGCCGGAAUCAAUGAUGUAGAGAUGGGGCAGUGGAUGAGGGAGGUCAGCCCCCAACGAUGCAUUUCUUUUUAUGGAGGGGUGGUAUUUGUGGCCUAAUGCAUUCUUUUUAGGUAGAUAACAUCCUGGCCCGCCUCGAUUUGAACAAACCUUUACAAAUCCACUGACGUGAAUACACUGUAAAUGUGAUGAGUGGUAUUUGUUAACCAGCAAAGGCGAAGACUUCCAGCAGGAAGCUUGUAUGAUACAAUAAAAUAUGGCCUUUGUUUCUGACUUGUAUAAUACCAUAAAGUCAGGCUUUGUUUCUGACUUGUGGAAUACCAUAAAGUCAGGCUUUCUUUCUGACUUGGAUGAACCAUAAAGUCAGGCUUUGUUUCUGACUUGUGGGAUACCAUAAAGUCCGGCUUUUGUUUCUGACUUGUGGGAUGUCAUAAAGUCUUAAUUUUGUUUCUGACUCUUGGGAUACCAUAAAGUCUGACUUUUGUUUCUGACUUGUGGGACACCAUAAAGUCUGGCUUUUGUUUCUGACUUGUGGGAUACCAUAAAGUCUGGCUCUUUUUUUUUCUGACUUGUGGGAUACCAUAAAGUCUGGCAUUUGUUUCUCGCAACAUUGACGUUAAACAUUUCUAUUAGAGACUAAAUUCUUUAAAUUUUACAACCAAAUGAACCCAAAAAACGAGAACACAAGGAAAUGAACAAUAAACCAUGACACGUGUUUAGCCUGGUCUUGGAACCGAGCAGUCAUUUGAUCCAUCCAUGCGUUGAACACAAUCUAAUUAAAGAGUACACUAGUUUCAAAUUAGUUUUUAAAGACUUUUUUGUCAUCUCAAAGCCGUCAAUUUGAAACAUCAAACAUUUUUUUAUAUACCACGUGACCCUCGACAAUUCACACAUGACGCUCUCCUGGUCUCACACGUGACUCUCUCGCCAAGUUUAUCGCGUCUACCAGUUACGUACAUGUAAGAUCGCACCUGAGUUGCUAUCAUUGAUUGAGGGCUCCAGUCAUCCGGCACGGGGGAGGGGGCGGAGAUUUGAAGGAUGUAGAAAAGAGAAAAAAAAAGACAAAACAAAAAAGACAACGUGAUUUAGAAAAACAAAACAAAUUCCACCCCUUUCGCUUCCAUUAACUCUUAGACCCUAACUGUAGGAUCUUGUUGUUGUUUUUUAAAAAUAUUUUCUAAGUCUCAGAGAGUAGAAAGUGUUCUUUGAAAGAGAUUCUUGUACAAAAUUAUUUUUAUCACUAGUUUUAGAACUUUUUUUUUAUGAUAGGUUGUUGAGAUGGAAGCUCAAGGGUCUAUUCAAUGAACUAUUGAUAGUUCUUGGACAAUCUCUUCCAGUGGUGUUUAAAACAACAGCUAACUUACAAAGAACCAUCAAACAAACACACACGUUUUCCACUGAUUUGUUUCUUCUCAAUACGUAUUGAUAAAUGCUCUAGUUGUGUGCAUUGUUUCAAUUUUUCCCCAAGUGGUUUACCACGUGAUUUGAAACGUCAUACCAUGGGCAACUGGGCAAGUUCAUCCAGAAAUACUGAAGCACAUCGCAGAGUUCAAACAAGUAAAAAGAAGUAAGUGACGUUAUUGACCGGUUUAUUCAGGUUGAUGUUGGUUUGAUGUUAUUUUUGAUGUUUUGUUUGAUGUUAUGUUUGAUGUUAUAUUUGAUUUUAUGUUUGAUGUUAUGUUUGAUAUUUGUUUGAUUUUUUUGUGAAGUUAUGUUUGAUGUUAUGUUUGGUGGUAUGUUUGAUGUUAUGUUUGAUGUUAUGUUUGAUUUUUGUUUGAUGUGAUGUUUGAUGUUAUGUUUAAUGUUAUGUUUGAUGGUAUGUUUGAUUUUAUGUUUGAUUUUAUGAUUGUUGUUAUGUUUGAUGGUAUGUUUGAUGGUAUGUUUGAUGGUGUGUUUAAUGUUAUGUUGGAUGUUAUGUUUAAUGGUAUGUUUGAUGGUAUGUUUGAUGCUAUGUUUGAUUUUUUGUUUAAUGGUAUGUUUGAUGUAUUGUUUCAUGUUAUGUUUGAUAGUAUGUUUAUGGUAUGUUUGAUAAUAUGUUGGAUGUUAUAUUUUAAGGUAGGUUUGAUGUUAUGUUGGAUGUUAUGUUUGAUGAUAUGUUGGAUGUUAUGUUUGAUGGUAUGUUUGAUGGUAUUUUUGACGUUAUGUGUGAUUUUAUGUUUGAUCUUAUGUUUGAUUUUAUGUUUGAUGUUAUGAUUGACGAUAUGUUUAUGGUAUGUUUGAUAUUUUGUUGGAAGUUAUGUUUGAAGUUAUGUUUGAUGUUAUGUUUGAUGGUAUGUUUGAUGUCAUGUUUGAUGUUAUGUUUGAUGUUAUGUGUGAUGUUAAGUUUGAUGUAUGUUGGAUGUUAUAUUUGAUGUUUUGUUUGAUGUUAUUUUUAAAAGUUAUGUUUAAUGUUAUGUUUGAUGGUAUGUUUGAUGUUAUGUUUGAUUUUAUGAUUGUUGUUAUGUUUGAUGGUAUGUUUGAUGGUAUGUUUGAUGGUAUGCUUGAUGGUAUGCUUGAUGGUAUGCUUGAUGGUAUGCUUGAUGUUAUUUUUGAUGUUUUGUUUGAUGGUAUGUUUGAUGCUAUAUCUGAUUUUUUUUAUUGUAUGUUCGAUGGUAUGUUUCAUGCUAUGUUUGAUGUUAUGUUUGAUGUUAUGUUUGAUUUUAUGUUUGAUGUUAUAUUUUAUGGUAGGUUUGAUGUUAUGUUUGAUGUUAUGUUUGAUGGUAUUCUUGAUGUCAUUUUUGCUGUAUUGUUUGAUGUCUUGUUGUACGUGGUGUCGCCUGGGUUUUGUUGGAUAAAUGGUAAACCAACUAUUUUAGAAUUGUCAUUUUUAAUUAAAUUUUUUUUUUACAACUUUCUGAAUUAAAAUGGUUGGUUACUUUUCAAUCGUAUGAUAUAUCAUAACAAAACGUUGCUAUUGACAGUAGUGCAAAGGGUUAAGGGGGUCAUUAGUGAAGGGGGGAUUGGUGAAGGGGGACAUUAGUGAAGCAUUAGUGAAGUGGGACAUUAGUGAAGUAGGCAUUAGUGAAAGGGGCAUCAGUGAAGGCGAGCUUUAGUUAAGGGGGUAUUAGUGAAGGAGGGACAUUGGUGAGAGGGGACACCAGUGAAGGGGUAUUAGUGAAGGGGCAUUAGUGAAAGAAGGGCAUUAGUGAAGCAUCGGUGAAGGAGGGCAUAAGAGAAGCAUUAGUAAAUGGGACAAUAGUCAAGGGGGGCAUUAGUGAAGCCUUAGUGAACGGGACAUUAGUGAGGGGCACAUUAGUAAAGGGGCAUCAGUAAAGGGGCAUCAGUAAAGGGGCAUUAGUGAAGUGGGACAGUAGUGAAGGGACCAUUAGUGAAGGGGGAAUAAGUGAGUGGGACAUUUAGUGAAGAGGGGCCGUGGUCGUGGGAAGUAGCCUUAACGAUGAAAGUAGCAGCCUUCAGCCGUAGUGUGGGGAUGUUCCCAUAGACUUAGGGUUUUCGGACACAAAACGCGUUUCCCGGCACUCGGGUCAGUGGGAGUAGUGCACAAACGCGUGCGACGGAUGAAAGCAUCUAGCAUUAAGUGUAUCCCAGACUGUUGAGUUUGGGCGGGUCCGUAGACCAAGUUUUGAAACUGCGCCGGUGACAGAUGUAUUUCAAUAUAUUUCCUUAAUUAAUGUGACCACAGACAUUCAUGUUGUGCGGACCGACAACGGAAGGCUCUCGGGCCGGUCCAUGUCCAUGGAACACCGUUUGGGGACCGCUGAUUUGGAUAAAUGAACCAGAUGUGAGAAUCAACCCGCAAGUAAGGCAGCUGCUGCAGUAGUUGGACGAGGUGUGUUGUAAGGAAGGGGGUGGGGGGGGCGCGCUCAUCUCCGCGUGGUGAUUUUUUUUCUUCCUUUUUAUGGCGAAUUAAAAAAAGGGGGGGGGGGGGGUUUUGGGGGGGGGGGAGGGGUUGUACAUUUGACAUGAGCCUCGCAAAAUAGGGAAACAAGAGUUGAUGGAAGGAACUUUAGGAACAUUUCUUUAUUUUGACAUGACUGGAACGUCACCGGAGAUUGGCGUAGAACAAAAAAAAAAAACAAAAAAAACACCAUAUAAAAAGAAAUCUUUACAGUAAAACUUUGGCUAGGUGCCCAAACUCAUUCAAUCUAUCUCAUCGUCCUCAGUCAAUCUGUCGGUACUCAGUCCUCAGUCAAUGUAAGUCCUCAGUCUGUCUUAUGGUCCUCAGUCAAUCUGUCGGUACUCAGUCCUCAGUCAAUGUAAGUCCUCAGUAAAUCUUAUGGUCUUCAGUCAAUCGUAUGGUCUUCAGUCAAUCUGUCGGUACUCAGUCCUCAGUUAAUGAAGUCCUCAGUCAAUAUUAUUGAUCUCAGUCAAUCUUUUGGUCCUCAGUCAAUCUUAUGAUCUUCAGUCCCCAGUCUAUCUUUUGUCCCCAGUCCUCAGUUAUCUUAUGGUCCCCAGUCAGUCUUAUUGACCUCAGUGAAUCUUAUGGUCUUCAGUGAAUCUCAUGGUCCUCAUUCUUCAUUCUGUCUAAUGGACCUUAAUCCUCAGUCAAUCUUCGUGUCCUCUGGCAAACUUAUGGUCCUCAGUCCAUCAUAUUGUCCUCAGUUCUCAGUCCAUCAUAAUGUCCUCAGUCCAUCAUAUUGUCCUCAGUCCUCAGUCCAUCAUAUUGUCCUCAGUCCUCAGUCCAUCAUAUUGUCCUCAGUCCAUCAUAUUGUCCUCAGUCCUCAGUCCAUCAUAUACGUUCUUCCAUUGACAGUAGAACCCUCUCAAUCCCAAGAACCAAAACUAAGACCAAUCGGUGAACGCUCCUUCUACUUCCAUGGGCCCACGUUCUGGAACCAGCUCCCCUUCCAUAUCCGUCAUUGUGAAACCUCGUCCAUUUUCAAAAAGUCCCUUAAAACUCAUCUGUUUAGGUCCGCAUAUGACCUGUGAUGCACCCUCCUUGCCCUGCCUCAUUUUCUGUUUCGGGUUGAUCCUGAAGUAUAGGCCAAAACGUGUCAAAGUGUCCUCGUUUUAUAGCCAUUUUCAUUGUUUCUAUAGUAUAGUAGUUACUAUCCUAGUGUCUCAUUUUAAUUUUACUUAGUUUACAUGUUUUUAAUAAUUGUAAAGCGCUUAGAGCUUUAAGGUAAGCGCUAUAUAAAAAUGCCUAAAUAAAUAACUAAAUAAAAUAUUGUCCUCAGUCCUCAGUCUAUCUAAUUCACCUUAGUUCUCAUUCAAUCUUAUUGUCCCCAGUCAAUCUUAUUGACCAAGGUCAAUCUUAUGGUCCUCCGUCUAUCUUAUGUUCUCAGUCCUCAGUCAAUCUUAUUGUCCCCAGUUCAAGAUCAAGCUUAUUGUACUCAAUCAAUCUUAUUGUCCCCUAUCAAUCUUUUUGACCUAGUUCUAUCUUAUGGACCUCCACCAAUCUUAUGUACUCAGUCCUCAGUCAAUAUUAUUGUACUCAGUCAAUCUUAUUGUCCCCUGUCAAUAUUUUGGCCCUAGGUCAAUCUUAUUGUUCUCCGUCAAUCUUAUGUAUUCAGACCUUAUCAAUCUUAUUUUACUCAGUCCUCAGUCAAUCGUAUUUUCCGCAGUGCUCAGUCAAUCUUAUUGUAAUCAGUUCUCUGUCAAUCUCAUUGUCCUCAGUCCUCAUGCAAUCUUAUUUUACUCAGUUAAUCUUAUGGUCUUCAGUAAAUCGUAUGGUCCUCAUUGCGGGGUAAUUUUCCGAAGCAAUUUUUAAUCAGAGAGUUUGCCAGUCAGGCCUAACCUAUGUUUUGAUGACAAUUGUCUUCAGGAACAUUAUUACGGGGCCAAGUAGCAGUGUUAAUGGACACGAAGCAGACGACGAACACUUGGGAAGUAAUGUGGGGCCUUUAGGUUUUUGUGGAGGACAGAUUGGGAACCACAGAUUUAUGUUAUCUAUAACUAAGUGUUAUAUUAUCUAUAACUAAGUGCGCACUUAAUUUAUCUCGCUCACUCCAUUUCCAUCUCGCAGUGUGUCAUCAUCUAAUAUUUUCGAUUGUCAUUAACCAGGUACCAACACAUGCUCAAUUUCUGUCUCUCUCUCUCUCUCUCUCUCUCUCUCUCUGUCUCUCUCUUUCUCUCUCUCUCUCUCUCUCUUUAUCUUUCAUUGCGUCAUUAUCUACUACGUUGUACUGACACCAACCAGGUACCAAGAGAUGCUUAAGAAAAGAGAGGCUCAAGUUUUACAAAUGUCACAUGUAGAUGACGCCAUCAAAGAAUCAAGAGGUGAGAUUAUUUUAAUCCGAAUAAUGUAUGGUUAUUUCUCUAAUCAAUUAUAUCACAUUUCACUAGUCGAUUAUAUCAGAUCUCUCUAGUCAGAUGUUAUGUAGCACACUUUUUUCCCGUGCUUGAACUUUGUUUCACCCCACAUUAGAUCCCUAGCAGACGGUAGCGUUUGUAGUGAGCGUGGCUUAUUCUUUGAAGUAUCGUGUUUAAUACCGACUUCCAAUUAACCAUUGGUUAGUAUGUCUACUAGUAUCUUAUGGAACGUUCUCGAUUGUAUUAGAAACGUAAGGGCGUUUCUAAACGCUUCGCGAGACGCACAUAUAUAAAGAAUUGACAGAUAUCGAGAGGGACGGAGAUUCAGAUAGAUAUAUUUUACCUUCACGAGACGUAUAUUAUUCUUUGUGUACUUAUGUGUUUAUUCGCUUUCGUCAUUGUACGUUAUAAAUUGGCACAUUGUAUUCUUGGUGUACCGGAACAAGAUCUACCAGAUUUUAAGAUACUCUGUAAGUUGAAGAUUUGUAACGAUAUUUCUUUUGUUUUGUAACUGUAUUAUUACUAAAUUAAAUCUUAAUAAUUGUAAUUGGUACUGUUUUGGGUGUCGUACUUUUGUUAUUUGCGUUUCUUUAUCGUACCGUCCUUUUUAGGCCAUGUUUGAACGAGCCAUAAAUUUAAAAUAUGAGAUUAAUUUUUCACAUUAGAAGGCAGUGCAUAACACAUAUUUAUAACAUUUCUGCUCGCCAAAAACAAGAAAUUGUGGCCUUGAGAUCGUCCAUCAACUGGUAGUUGUUAAUAGUAGAGUUGGGACAUCCUAGUUAGAAGCCUCCUCCCUACUAUUAAAGCACUUAAAGGCACAAAAAGUUGCAACCUUAGCCGUUGUAACUCAUGUCCCUAAUUGAUCGAAACUGAUAAGAUAACUUUCCCUCUGGAAGUAUUUAGAAUAAAAGAUGGCUUUACCUGCACAAGUCGCAAGGUGGUUUACACCAUCAUUUGCAAAAAGUGCGGUAAAGUAUACAAAGGAGAGACAGGUCGUCGCCUUGGUGGCAGGUUCAGAGAGCACCUCUAUAACAUAAAUAAACAAGCUCUCUGUCCGGUCUCCAAACAUUUCAAUAGCCCUAACCAUGAUGGUAUCUCAGACAUCGCAGUUACUGGUUUACUCUAUACUAGUAACACUACAGAUAGAAUCUGUAUGGAGAACAAAUUAAUAACAAGGUUUGGUACGUUGUGUCCAUAUGGAAUGAACCAAAUCCACAACUUUACCUAGCUGCCAUGUCUUUUUCCUGUUUGGUUUUUACAAUUAAGUUCAAAUUACUUCCCUUCUAUUCCUCUUUACUUUGUGUCUGGUUUUAGCGCCCUCUCCUAUUUUUUUUCUUUUUUAGGUAGGAUAUGUACAGUUAUAGUAUGUGAAUUUAAUUUAUACUUAUUUAAAUGUUGUUGUUUUUUGUACCGAUGAAGGCAUGUGCCGAAACGUUUACUUGUGUAUAAUGUACAAUUAUUAUUAAAGCGUAACUUAUAUUGUUAUAUUGACACAAUUUGUUCGUGUCUUAUUAAUCUCUUCUUGUAUGUGACUGUUUGAGAAAUGUUCAAAACAACAUAAAAUUAUUCGUCAUCUGCCAAAAUAUAUCAGUUAAAAUCUAUUUAGAUUUCUUAAUUCAAAACUUGACUUACGAAAACCAAGGAGAGCUGACUAUUUAUAUGGAUUAAAUAAAUCCUUAAGGCUUGAAAGAAGAAAAUAACAUAAAUAACAUAUAGGAAAAAACACAGACGGGAAUACAUACAUAUGUAAAGAAUAAGAAUAGUUGACAAUAUCUUUCAAUGCACUCGAUGUUAAUUGAUUUGUGCUAUAAGUGAAAUGUUCUAUAAAUGACAUGUUUUAUAAAUGGCAUGUUCUACAAAUUGCAUGUUCUUUAAAUGAAAUGUUCUAUAAAUAACAUAUCUCAAAAUGGCAUUUUCUAUAUAUGGCAUGUUCUAUAAACGACAUGUUCUAUAAAUGGUAUAUUCUAUAACAUAUCAUAUCUUUUUGUUUAGACAUACAGUUAAAGAAAAACCUCCUACAGCGGCUCUCUUCAUGUGUUGACCAAACAGACAGUGCGGCCGUCAUUGUGAAACCUGAGGAAUAUAGGUUUCCAUUUGAGAACCUUAUAUUUGAAGGAGGAGGAAACAAAGGUUUGGCCUAUGUUGGUUGUAUUAAGGUAAGAACAAGAUUUGCCACAUGUUGGGUGUAAUAGGGAAGAAAUGGUUUGAUUUAUUUUGGAUGUAUGAGGGAAGGAAUGGUUUGAUCUAUGUUGGAUGUAUGAGGGAAGGAAUGGUUUGACCUAUGUUGGAUGUAUGAGGGAAGGAAUGGUUUGAUCUAUGUUGGAUGUAUGAGGGAAGGAAUGGUUUGAUCUAUGUUGGAUGUAUGAGGGAAGGAAUGGUUUGACCUAGGUUGGGUGUAUGAGGGAAGGAAUGGUUUGACCUAUGUUGGAUGUAUGAGGGAAGGAAUGGUUUGAUCUAUGUUGGAUGUAUGAGGGAAGGAAUGGUUUGAUCUAGGUUGGGUGUAUGAGGGAAGGAAUGGUUUGACCUAUGUUGGAUGUAUGAGGGAAGGAAUGGUUUGACCUAUGUUGGAUGUAUGAGGGAAGGAAUGGUUUGAUCUAUGUUGGAUGUAUGAGGGAAGGAAUGGUUUGAUCUAUGUUGGAUGUAUGAGGGAAGGAAUGGUUUGACCUAGGUUGGGUGUAUGAGGGAAGGAAUGGUUUGACCUAUGUUGGAUGUAUGAGGGAAGGAAUGGUUUGAUCUAUGUUGGAUGUAUGAGGGAAGGAAUGGUUUGAUCUAGGUUGGGUGUAUGAGGGAAGGAAUGGUUUGACCUAUGUUGGAUGUAUGAGGGAAGGAAUGGUUUGACCUAUGUUGGAUGUAUGAGGGAAGGAAUGGUUUGAUCUAUGUUGGAUGUAUGAGGGAAGGAAUGGUUUGAUCUAUGUUGGAUGUAUGAGGGAAGGAAUGGUUUGAUCUAUGUUGGAUGUAUGAGGGAAGGAAUGGUUUGAUCUAUGUUGGAUGUAUGAGGGAAGGAAUGGUUUGACAUAGGUUGGGUGUAUGAGGGAAGGAAUGGUUUGACAUAGGUUGGGUGUAUGAGGGAAGGAAUGGUUUGACCUAGGUUGGGUGUAUGAGGGAAGGAAUGGUUUGACCUAGGUUGGGUUGUUGGAGGGAAGGAAUGGUUUGACCUAGGUUGGGUGUAUGAGGGAAGGAAUGGUUUGAUCUAUGUUGGGUGUAUGAGGGAAGGAAUGGUUUUAUUUAUUUUGGAUGUAUAAGGGAAGGAAUGGUUUGAUCUAUGUUGGGUGUAUGAGGGAAGGAAUGGUUUGAUUUAUUUUGGGUGUAUGAGGGAAGGAAUGGUUUGAUCUAUGUUGGGUGUAUGAGGGAAGGAAUGGUUUGAUCUAUGUUGGGUGUAUGAGGGAAGGAAUGGUUUGAUCUAUGUUGGGUGUAUGAGAGAAGGAAUGGUUUGAUCUAUGUUGGCUGUAUGAGGGAAGGAAUGGUUUGACCUAUGUUGGGUGUAUGAAGAAAGGAAUGGUUUGAUCUAUGUUGGCUGUGUGAAGGAAGGAAUGGUUUGAUAUAUUUUGGGGGUGUGAGGGAAGGAAUGGUUUGAUCUUUGUUGGGUGUAAGGGAAAAGCAAUGUUAUGAUCAAAAGAAGGUAAGGGGUGGGUAUUGGUGGUGGGUAUUUACCACAUUUAAAACAAACGCAACACUACAAAGACUAAUUACAAGCAUACCAAGUCAAAGUUUUUCUACCCAUUACAACCCUAAGCAACACAGCCAAUAUGCAUUAACUGGAAGAUAUGGUAGACGUAGACAAUCAUCAAAGAAGGUGAUUGCGAAAUAGAUGUGUCUUUAAAUCGGUUUUAAAGGACUCCAGUGUCUGGUUGUUUCUGAGAUCGACUGGAAGGGCGUUCCAAAUUGUUGGACCAGCAAAUGCGAAAGGCGCUUUCCGUAAGUCUCAAGGCAAACACGUGGUGUCGAGAGUUUGCCACUAUAGGAUGAGCGGAGUUGUCUAGUGGGUACAUAAGACGUCAGCAGCUCUUUCAGAUAGGACGGCGCCAGGCCAUGUAAACAGUGGUAGCACAACGUUGCGAUUUUGUACACUAUGCGAGCACGGACCGGCAGCCAUGUUUUAGCAUGGUCGAACUUGCGUUUGCUAAGAACAAUGCGAGCAUCAUUAUCCUGUGCUAUUUGAAAUUUGUCCAGGAGCGUAGCUCGAAGACCCACCAUGAGAGCAUUGCAAUAGUCCAUGCGUGAUAGCACAAAUGCAGACAUCUGCCUCUUUGUUGCAUCAAUUGUUAGGAAGGGCCUGAUGUGACUAAUCCUGCGCAGCUCCAGAAAAAUCGCCUUGCAUAGCAUGUUAAUAUGACUUUCCAAGGUUAGUCUUCUGUCUAGGUAGACACCCAAGUACCGCACUGUUUGAGCUAACUCAAUACGCACACCUGAGAGAGUAAUAUAUGUCGUGUUAUGUUUUGUGCGAGUCUUGGGGACAGAAAUAAUAUGUGAGGCCGCGGAGGAGCAAAGCUGUCGAAGGGGUGAAUAGACAGAAAAAAGUUCGGUAAGACUGGAAGGGCUGGAAUUCGAGAAGAAGUUAUGGCAGAGAACAUAGAGUAUGUAGAUUUGACUGGCUGGAGGUAUACAUUAGCCUCAGCUAGAAAUAGGAUGCGCUAUUCGGACACGUUGAGUGUUUGGGUUUAUUAAAAAAUAUUAAAAAAAUUAUUGUAAGGUUUGUAAGACAAAGUUUGGUAUCAAAUGAAAGAUAAUUGAAUGGACUAUAUGUUUCUAAACUUACUUAAACUAUGUUUAACUAAAAUAAACUACCCCAAAUGACAUCCGAAUGGCAUUUAGUCAAAAUGGAACCGGAAACGCAUCGCCGCUAUUCGGACCCGGGUCCCUUUAGACUCAAUGCUAUUCGGAUGUCAUUUGUGGUAGUUUAUUUUAGUUAAACUGAAGAACUAAGUUUACAAUCAUAUAGUCCAUUCAAUUAUCCUUUAUUUGAUAUCAAACUUAGUCUUACAACCUAACAAUAAUAUUUUAUUUAAAAUUUUAAUCCCAACCUCUAGCUUUGUGGACCCGGGUCCGAAAAGCCACUUCUUUAGAAAUAUAGAUAACCUUCGUAUAGAAAUAUACAUUAGACUGGAGGGAGAUGUACAUUAGCCACGGCUAGAAAUAUAGUUUAGCCUCGGCUAGAUAUAUAGGAUUAGCCCCGGCUAGAGAUAUAAGACAAGCUUUGGUGGCUAGAGCUAUAAGACUAGCUUUGGUGGCUAGAGAUAUAAGACUAGCUUUGGUGGCUAGAGAUAUAAGACCAGCUUUGGUGGCUAGAGAUAUAAGACUAGCUUUGGUAGCUAGAGAUAUAAGACUUGCCUCGGCUAGAUAUAUAGGAUUAGCCUCGGCUAGAGAUAUAAGACUAGCCUCGGCAAGUGAUAUAUGAUUAGCCUCGGCUAGAGAUAUAGGUUAGACUCGGCUAGAGAUAUAAGAUUAACCUCGGCUAGAGAUAUAUGAUUAGCCUCUGCAAUCACCAAGUGAUAACAAAUUUCUUGGGAAUGGUCUGAAAAAGUCGUACACUGUUUUAAAAGUGCGUCUGAGACAACAGCAGAUAGCAAGGUACAAAGGUACAAUCAAUGUCUGAGACAACAUUUAAUUGCAAGUAAUGCGAGAGAAUGGAUGCUAUGUGAGAAAUUUGAAGACCAAUUUGCUGAGAAAUGUGAAGACCAAUUUGGUGAGAAAUGUCAAGACCAACUUGGUGAGAAAUGUGAAAGCCAAUUUAGUGAGACAUAUGAAUACCAAUUUUGUGAGAAAUGUAAAGACCAAUUUGGUGAGAAAUGUGAAGACCAAUUUAGUGAGAAAUAUGAAGAGCAUUUUAGUGAGAAAUAUGAAGACCAAUUUGUUGAUGAAUGUGAAGACCAAUUUGGAGAGAAAUGUGAAGAACAAUUUUAUGAUACAUGUGAAGAUUAAUUUAGUGAGAAAUAUGAGGACCAAUGUGGUGAGAAAUGUGAAAACCAAUUUGGUGAGAAAUGUAAAGACCAAUUUUGUGAGAAAUGUGUAGAACAAUUUUGUGAGAAAUGUCAAGACCAAUUAUUUCAUAAAUGUGAAGACCAAUUUAGUGAGAAAUGUGAAGACCAAUUUGGUGAGACAUGACAAGACCAAUUUGGUGAGACAUUAUAAAACCAAUUUGUUUAUAAAUGUCAAGACCGAUUUGGUGAGAAAUGUGAAGACCAGUUUGGUGAGACAUGAUAAGACCAAUGGGUGAGAAAUGUGAAGAAAAAUUUUGUGAUAAAUGUGAAGAUCGAUAUGGUGCAAACAUUCUCUUACACCGCAGGUAAAAAUACUCUAAAACGCAAAAAUCCAUUUAAUUACUAAAAUUGAAGCAAUGAUAUCUACAGUAUUGCAAUGGUAGCAAAGUAGUGUUCAGUGUUACGCUUCUGUAAAUAGCCUUAUAAUUGUGAUGUUCUUUAGAGUGUAACAAUAACGGUGGGCAAAACAGAAAAGAUUUCGACUAGCCAAACGUUGCUUUUAAAUGUCUUCCAUUUGAUGACAUUUUAAAAACAUUACCAUUUUAUUACCAUUUAUAUACCAUUUAUGUUCAAAUAUUUAGAAAUUAUUAAACUGAUAAACCAUUGCCCAUGUUUACCUACCAUUUAAAAUAGUUUUUUGAAAAUAAGAGUUCCCAUUUAUUUCCCCUGUAAUUGAAGAGGGGAAAUUGAUCAAAUCUCACCAUUUAUUUCCCCUGUAAUUGAAGAGGUGAAAUUGAUCAAAUCUCACCAUUUAUUUCCCCUGUAAUUGAAGAGGUGAAAUUGAUCAAAUCUCACCAUUUAUUUCCCCUUUAAUUAAAGUUGUGAAAUUGAUCAAAUCUCACCAUUUAUUUCCCCAGUAUUUAGAGGAGAUUGGGAUGAUCAAAUGCCACCAUUUAUUUCCCCUUUAAUGAAGAGGUGAAAUUGAUCAAAUGUCACCAUUUAUUUCCCCAGUAUUUAGAGGAGAUUGGGAUGAUGUCACAGAUUAGGCGCAUAGGGGGCAGUAGUGCAGGGGCCAUUACUGCAGCAUUGGUCGCCCUGGGCUACUCAGCUAGAGAUAUAGAAGUAUUUCUAUCAGACAAUAUAGAAGAUGUUUUCUUAGGUAAGUUUUUGCAAGGCAUUUUAUAUAAUCUUACUAUUUUUAGAAUUAAAAAAAUAAUAAUUUAAAAUUAUACACAAACAAAUGGUAGAGAAAUAAAUUGAACAUAUUGAAAUAUAUUAUGUUUUAUAGUUAAUAUUUCAUAUAAUUUUUUUUUUAUAUGGAUGGAUUGUAUUUUUUAUUAAAUAAUUUAUAAAUUAUAUUUUUAUAAUAUUUAAUAUUUUUUUAUAUUACGUAUUCUACUUUAUUUAACUAAACUAAAUAAUAAGUUUUAUACAAAACAAAUUUCAAUUUUGUAACAGCAAAACAACGCAAGUAUUUUUCUCUCAACAUUUUACUUGAACUUUGACCUUUUAGCUAUACGACCACUUAGUCACUAAAAAAAUGAGCCAUGAAAAAGUAACACCGUAAUUAAAAUAUGUUCUUUGGUUACAUGUUUGUGUUUUUUUUUUUAAUUUCCAGCUUAUAUAAAAAUGUGUCUUAAAUACGAAAAAUGUAUGCAUAUAUUUCCACUUGCUCUUACGUUUUAUCUUAGAACGUUUAAGUUUUUAGUGUGAAGAACUACUGUAAUUUAAUAUUCAUUUGUUGUCCCACUCCCACCCACUCCCUCACACAGACCACUCGUGUGGCUACCUGAGUCUCCUGCCAAAUCUCAUAAUAUUCAUGUGUUGUCCCACUCCCACCCACUCCCUCACACAGACCACUCGUGUGGCUACCUGAGUCUCCUGCCAAAUCUCAUCCGGAAAUUCGGCUGGAAUCCUGGAAAGAAGAUUUUUAAUUGGUUCGGAGAUAGAAUCAAGUCAAGGUCGGAAUCCAAUAAUCCGGACAUGACGUUCUAUGACGUAAGAACUCACUGAAUCUUUAUGUAAACUCCAUGAAACUAGACUUGUAUUUUUAAUUUUAUCAAAAUACAAAUGAACAAAAUGUAUAAAAAAAUUUAUUCUAUGAAAUUGAGAUACACAAUUAAGAGUCUGUUACUUUUUUCUGACAUCUGAAAAAAUUUAAAAUUUAAAAAAUAUUAAUAACAUAAACUAACUUGAAUGUCUGGCCGGUGACUAUAUGUGGCUACUUGUGGCCAUGUUUAGCCAUGUGUGGUCAUCUAUGGCCAUUAGUGGUCAUGUGCGGCAAUGUGUGACUAUGUGUGGCCCAUCAAUGUUUUAUUCUUGUGUAUGAGAAAAACACGUUAUGAUCUUGGCCCAUACAAAAAAGUAAGUCAAAAUCGAGGAAAAAAGGAAAAGUUUUAAAAAAAUUCUCACAAACUGAAAAAGUGCAAAAUUAACAGGAGAUGCAUGAACAUAUUUCUAACCGCGUUUUCAUUUUUUGCUCAUGGAGAACUUUGGAAAAGCCACCUUAUUUUUUUUCCCCUAGGAAAUAUAAUAUGUAUUUUUAUAUUUACAUUACUAUAAACAAGUUUCAAUAUUUUAAUUUAAAUGCAUUCUUAGACUGUGCUACAGGGAGGACAUAUGUAACGCAUUCUUAGAUUGUGCUACAGAGAUGAAUUCUUUAACGCAUUCUUAGACUUUGCUAUAGAGAGGACUUAUGUAACGCAUUCCUUAGGACUUAUGUUCUGCAUUUACAUUACAAGGAAUGUUGAAGAUUUAUUUAAGCUGUGGACAUACAUUACAUGGGGUGUUUAAGAUCCAUCUAAGCUGUAGACGUACAUUACAAAGAUUAUUGAAGAUCUAUCUAAGCUCUGGACGUACAUUACAAGGAAUGUUGAAGAUCUAUCAAAGCUCUGGGAGUACAUUACAAUGAUCGUUGAAGAUGUGUCUUAAAAACGUUGCUUAGAAUAUGCUGAUAUUAAUUUUAGGACAUGUAAUAUCUUUAGAGUUGAUAGGAGAACAGAUAGUUCUGUACCUGAGGUAAAGCUAACACAAAUUUAUUCUGUUGUAAAUGUAUUUGACAGUUAUACAGAGAGAGACAAAUGGAGCUUUGUGUUGUUGUGACAAACUUAAACCAAAUGAGGUCUGAGUAUUGCCACCCGAAGACUACCCCAGACAUGCCAAUACGAGAAGCACUUCGUAUGUCCAUGGCCAUCCCAGGUAGGUAGGCCCAUUGCAUAGUAAUAUUCAUGCAAAGUAGAUAGGUCACUUAAUAUCAAUGACCAUACCAAGUAGAUAGCUCCAUUGAAAUAAGUACGUGAUCAUACCAAGCAGAUAGGCCCAUUGAAUGGCCAUGGCCAUACCAGGUAAACAGCCCAGGUAGAUAGUUCAAAUGAAUGGCCAUUGACGUACCAGGUAGAUAGGACUAUUUUAAAUAAUUGUUAUCAAGUAGGUAACAGUGAAGUUGUAACAAACUGUAUCACCAUUAUUAGUUUCAAAUAAUUUAUUUAAACAUUUACGUUUGACGUGUAGCCUGGCCUUUACUGGUCUACUGACGUCUUGCUUGACCUUUACUGGUCUACUGACGUCUAGUUUGACCUUUACUGGUCUACUGACGUCUUGCUUGACCUUUACUGGUCUACUGACGUCUAGAUUGACCUUUACUGGUCUGCUGACGUCUAGUUUGACCUUUACUGGUCUGCUGACGUCUAGUUAGACCUUUACUGGUCUGCUGACGUCUAGUUUUACCUUAACUGGUCUACUGAGGUCUAGUUUGGCCUCAACUGGUCUGCUGACGUCUAGUUUGACCUUUACUGGUCUGCUGAGGUCUAGUUUGACCUUCACUGGUCUACUCAUGUCUAGCCAGACCUCUACUCGUGUGCUGACGUACGUUUUUAAUUUCAUAUUACAAAAAUCUAGUGUUGUCUUAAAAUAUACAAAUGAUAAAAUGUUAUUCUCAGGAGUUUUCACUGCCAGGGUCUAUGACAACCAUGGCCAGUUUGACACCUAUGUGGACGGAGGAGUUUUGUGUAACUAUCCCAUACAAUGCUAUGACGGUAAAUUUUGGUUGUAUCUGAUAACAGAAGCCUUCCGCAAAUGUAGGGCAAGCUUAAACCUAACCCUAACCCGGCAUAUGUAGGGGCAGCUUAAACUAAAUGAGAGAAACUUAAAAGAAAUCUGAUUUUCAAACAGAAUUUGAGAGGACUCAACUAUAAGGUAUAAUUAUGCAUCAUUAAACACGUUUCUUUGUAGCUGAUUAUUAUUACUGAUUAUCAUCGUACCAUCUAAUUUUAAAGUGCAUGUAUAGCAAGAAGGGAAAUAAUCUAAAUAAAGUUUUAAUGAAGUGAAUGCACUAAAUGUUUCCAAUACCAAGGGAAAGUCACCGUAGACCUUUCUGUGAGGCUAAUUGCAAAGUCGAUCAAAGCCGAUAAUCAAUUCUUUUAAGAUUCAUUAAAGAAUUUUUUAGUGCCUUAGGGGUCGUUCGCGAAUUAUGUCACGCUCAGUGGGGUCGGAGGUUUGGGUCAAGAAUUUGUGAAACUUUGUGACAGGGGGAGGGGGAAGGGGGGACAAAAUUAUGUGACGUCACACAAUUUUAAUUUUUUUUUUUUUUUUUUAAAUAUAAAAUGUUUUAAUAUUAAAAAAAUCUUUAUUCAAUUAAUUUUAAAACAUGAAUUUGAAGUUGAAAUUGCAUGAGGUAUUUCAAGUAGCGUGAACCACAGUCGCUCACACCUUCUGCGCAUAGCAAAAACUGUAGCAAAAACUGUAGCAAAAACUGUAGCAAAAACUGUAGCAAAAACUGUAGCAAAAACUGUAGCAAAAACUGUAGCAAAAACUGUUGUAGAUUUUAGAUUUGGCGCGGGAGGACUGUUUUGUUUUCUGUUUGACGUCACAGUUUUCUAAUAAUACUCCAUCUUAAUCCAUUAUGGGAACAUGUUCAAGAAUAAAAUAAAUUUUGAGUUUAGUUAUGAAAAUUGUAUGUGUGUUUUCAAUGUUAUUAGGUGUUACGUGAUACUAAAAAGGGGGGGGGGAUAAUGCGUGACACUUUGUGACAGGGGGGAGUGGGGGGGGGUCUGAAAAGAUCAUUUUUGGCGCGACGUAAUUUGCCAACGACCGCUUAUGCAGACAAUGAUUCUCGCUGUGUCACUUUGACGGGUAAUUACUAGUUAUAUAAAUUGAUACAUAUAAAAUUUACAAAUCCGCAGGAUGGUUUCUUUCAAUGGAUAAAGCUGACACAUUUCUUCGACGCAUGAAUUCUCUCAAAGACCUUCCAAAUAUAAUGGCUAAGAAAUUCGAGCCUUUCAGUGAUAAAUCUAUUGGAUUUCUACUGGUGAGUCGUCUUAAAACACAUUAGCUCUGUUGGGGCUUAGGAGAAAAGGAGUUUUGGACGAUAAAAUUAUUCUGUGGCCAUAACGAAAAAGGGGACGGGGAGGGGGGGGGGGCUAAACUCUAGACAACAUACAAUUCUAUUCGCUGCAAUUAGCCAUAUUUUUCUCUUUUGUUAUAACUGAUUAAUUGUUUACGUUAAUUAGCCUUGUGUUUCUCUUUUUUUUUAUAGCUGAUUAAUUUAUCAUUGUCAUAUUAAUGUUAUGAAAUCAUCUUCGGCUUGUCUUUAAACCAUUCAUCGCUUAAACUUAUCAGCUUUUCCUCUUUGUUUAAUAAUUGCCGCCACCUCGAUCUGGCUUUUAUCCAAAAUUUAGAAGAGGGAUGUCGUAUAGAGUGUGAACAUCAGUUUACAAGAAUAAAAAAACUAGAAUCAAAGUGCGUUCAAUAUUAUUCUUUACACUGUAUUUAUAACUACAGAAUUAGCACACGCUUAUUGUUACAAUUUCCAACACCCCUCUUCUAAAUGCAACCGUAAGUUCCGCUAACAAACUUUGACAAGAAACUACGUCUAAAUAGACUACUGGACUACAUUGUCUUUCUUGUCACUCGCUGAGCCCUUCUGCCCGUUCCCCCCACCCCCCAAUCUCCCAAAGCCGCGUACCUUUCGUUGGCACAAGUUCCCACGCCAACCACAUAUUCACAAUCACGCCUUGACCACUUUCAUAAAUAGCUAACAAUGAUCAUGCGUUCUCACCCCGCUACCACCAAGCAAGGUCAAUGUUCAUCAAUUCACAUAGAACCUACAGUGUUGUUUUAAGCCUUCUUUAAGGAACAAUGAAAUGGCCUUGGCCCCCAAGGAGUGGACAUUUUUUGUGUUCAAUACCCUUCGGUAUUUAGAUAUGGAUAAUCAAGUUUUUGUCUAAUAUGUUUGGCCAAGAUCCUUCUUUUCAUGUAGAAUUAUUUGUUGGUAAUUUUAUUUUUAUUUCCCUUAUAAGGAAAUAACGAAUUUAGGGCUCCCGACCCCAAAAGUUCAUACCCCCCCCCCUAGAUUUUCUUCGGAUGGUGAUAGAUAUAUGUGUCAAGUUUGGUCAAGAUUCAUCAGUCAGUUUACAAACUUAUGUGAAACAUUCUAACAAAGAAACCACAAUUUUGAUUCACUUUUAUAUAUAUAUAUAUACAUAGAUAUGUAUGAUAUAUUAUAAAUUUAUUUAUUUAUUUAUUUAUUUUUUUUACACUUGUACCGCGCUUCCAGCAUUUGGGGAUGAAGCGUGUUUUUGAAAUACACUUUAUUAUUAUUAUUCUUAUAUAUUUAGACAUGUAUAUGUAAUAUACAUUUAUAUAUAUAUAUAUAUAUGUAUAUAUAAUGGCUGACUUAAUUUCUGUUACUGCCCCCCCCCCCCAACCACUAAUUGGUUGCUUUAUAUUUAUGGACGGGACCAUUAGUAGCUUUUCAAAUCUGUAUUCUCAUUUUACGAUUAUAUGGAGGACAGACUGAUGUAUUUAGACAUGUAUAUGUAAUAUACAUUUAUAUAUAUAUAUAUAUAUGUAUAUAUAAUGGCUGACUUAAUUUCUGUUACUGCCCCCCCCCCCAACCACUAAUUGGUUGCUUUAUAUUUAUGGACGGGACCAUUAGGAGCUUUUCAAAUCUGUAUUCUCAUUUUACGAUUAUAUGGAGGACAGACUGAUGUAUUUGACAGACCGAUGUAGAGGACAGACUGAUGUAUUUGACCGACCGAUGUGGAGGACAGACUGAUGUAUUUGACAGACCGAUGUAGUGGACUUAAUCAGUUAUCACGCACUAUGAUAGUAUGACGAUAACACCCGAUCCCCUUCAAUGCCCUUCAAUGCCCUUCAAUACCCUUCAAUGCCCUUCAAUACCCUUCAAUGCCCUUCAAUGUCCUUCAAUGCCCUUCAAUGCCCUUCAAUUUCCUUCAAAACCCUUCAAUGCCCUUCAAUUCCCUUCAAUACUCUUCAAUGCCCUUCAAUGCCCUUCAAUGCCCUUCAAUGCCCUCCAAUGCCCUUCAAUGCCCUAUCUACGCCAUUUCCUUUUAGUUUGACGACACAGAAAUGGAAGUGAUGAGAUUUAACUUGGAGAAAAGACUUGGCUCCACAGAACCCAAGGAACCCACAGUACAGACCAAACUAUUCAAGUAGGUUCUCUGGCCUGGUUUAGCUUUAUGAACUUUCAUUGAGGCUUUCAUUCUCAUAUAUAUGAACUUUUAUUAAGGCUUUCAUUCUCAUAUAUAUGAACUUUUAUUAAGGCUUUCAUUCUCAUAUAUAUGAACUUUUAUUAAGGCUUUCAUUCUCAUAUAUAUGAACUUUUAUUAAGGCUUUCAUUCUCAUAUAUAUGAACUUUUAUUAAGGCUUUCGUUUUCAGCUGCUUUAUAAACUUGUAUUAAGGUUGUCAUUUUUACUCAUGAAAAAAUUAGACAUUCGAUAUUGUAAUGAUACAUUGUAAAACUUAUUCACAACCAUUUUGAUAGAGCAAAAGUAUACGAUUCCCUAUUGUAGAAUAGAAUAUCUAACACAAUUCUGAUCAGUUCUUCGAUAACAAAAGUCAAACGUAUUUUACCCAUCACAUAUAUCUUACUAUAGAUCCCAUUUUACACAAAGUUGUACUAAAUAUUUCUCUUCACAAAAUAUAUCAUUAUACAUCACACUAUAUACAUUGUUAUACGACACAUCUCCCUUAACACAAUAUAUUAUUACACAACUCCUUUAAACUGUAACGUCUAUAUGGAACUACAUUAUUUCUUAUUUUUGUCUAACCUGUUUUAAAACCUUUCGCUCUCUUAUUAAAGCAACAUUUUGUUUAUUAGAAUGGAAGAAUGAUGCCUACAAAACCCGUAACCUAUUCCAUUCUGUCAUCUACGAAUGAAUUCAAGGCCCUAAUAAUGUUCCUUGCUGUCAUCUACGAAUGAAUUCAAGGCCCUAAUAAUGUUCCUUGCUGUCAUCUACACAGAUGUCAACAUUCAAAGUUAGCUAUCAAAACUGUUUCUGCUCAGUGGUAUUGAAGACGACCACAUAUGGCAACCUUGAACUUCAUUCACGUGGUGUCAGACGACAAAUAGAAUUAUCUUUUUUAAAAAGUAUAUGGCACUUAGCUAUAUGUCACUAUGUGAUAUGGAACUAUGUGAUCUAGCACCUUGUGACAAGGCACUAUGUGAUUUACCUGAACAUUGUAACAUAAAAAAUCUAAUAUAAUUAAACAAUAUUCACUUCUAGGCAGAAACAGAAGAAAAAAGCACUGUUGGCACAAGCUGAAAGGGAACAUGGCCGAAUGGUCAGAGCCGUGGAGGCUUUCAUGAGGGUCAGUCAACAGAAACUUAUGUCAAUCAAUAUAGCAACAAUUCUGCCACAAGUAUUUAUAUAAUGGAGGCCAGCUAUUACCAGCCAUGUUUUGAUACUAUGUUAGCUACUAUGACUAGACAAGUAUUGCUGAUUUGGUAGCCAAUAUGACUAGACACGUAUACAUACUUUGGUAGCCAAUAUGACUAGACAAGUAUACAUACUUUGGUAGCCAAUAUGACUAGACAAGUAUUGAUGCUUUGGUAGCCAAUAUGACUAGACAAGUAUUGAUGUUUUGGUAGCCAAUAUGACUAGACAUGUAUAAAUGCUUCGGUAACCAAUAUGAACAGACAAGUACCGAUGCUAUGGUAGCCAAUAUGACUAGACAAGUACUGAUGCUAUCGUAGCCAAUAUGACUAGACAAGUACUGAUGCUAUGGUAGCUAGCUUUUUCUGAUCCACUGGAAAAUGAACAUAAACACAAAAUAUUAAACUAGACAAAAUUGAUGAUGUAGUCACGUGGAUAGUGAUUAAAUAAUGGAUACAAGUGAUUAUGUUAAUGAACGUACGGUACAUAAUGCGUACGAUAAUACUGAAGGAAACCUGACCGGUACCUCAAUUCCUGGGUACAGUACUAGUUAACUAAAUGUGACCGGUACAGCAAUUCAUGGGUACAAUACUAGUAAACUAAAUGUGAUCGGUACAUCAAUUUAUGGAUACAAUACUAAUAAACUGCAUGCGAGCAGUACAGAAAAUGCUCUGGAAAUUAAAACGUUAUUUUGCCAGUAAAUUGGAAUUGAUCAACCAUUACGAAUAUUAAAUUGUUCAUGAAUUUAUUUGUCGGUAGGUACUAGACAAGCACAAUUUAACAGAUUUGGAAUACAUAGACAGAGAUGAGCUGAAAAAUGCUUUGCAGGAUGUGAGUAUAUGGAGUCCUAUAGACAUGUAUUAUGUCCUAUAAAUAUAUAUUGAGUCAUAUAGAUAUACAUUGAAUCCAAUAGAUAUGUAUUGAGUCCUAAAGAUAUGUAAUUGAGUUCUAUAGAUAUGUAGUGAGUCUUAUAUAUUGUGGUAAAAUAAAUUUUAUAUUAGGGAUGGAGGAACAACUCUCUGAUGAGUGUCACACCUGCUUGUGUCUAGGAGUAUUAGGUUAUGUCAAUUUCACACACCAAGGGUCUUAAUAAUAUACUCAUUUUUUUCUUAAAUAUCAAAUACUUUAUAAAACCAUUUAGUAAAUGAAAUGAUUAAUUUAUUUACAUGUAUAUGGCAUAAUGGUGAAGUAUAUGUAAAACAACUUUGCAAAGGUAUUUAUCUAAGUUCUAGUUUAUUAUGAACAAUGGCCUCCCAUAUAGCCUAUGCAUCAUCAUAAAGGUUGAUUUGCUUUGUAUCUCAAGCGUUUAUGCUCAGACCCUUGACACUUAACUUAUCAGUCACGUGUGCUCUUCAUCUGGCUUGAACAUCUGACUUGAUCAUCUGGGUUGAUCAUCUGGGUUGAUCAUCUGGCUUGAUCAUCUGGCUUGAUCAUCUGGCUUGAUCAUCUGACUUGAUCAUCUGACUUGAUCAUCUGACUUGAUCAUCUGACUUGAUCAUCUGACUUGAUCAUCUGGCUUGAUCAUCUGACUUGAUCAUCUGGGUUGAUCAUCUGGGUUUAUCAUCUGUCCUGAUCAUCUGGCUUGAACAUCUGACUUGAUCAUCUGGCUUGAUCAUCUGACUUGAUCAUCUGGGUUGAUCAUCUGGGUUGAUCAUCUGGGUUGAUCAUCUGGGUUGAUAAUCUGGGUUGAUCAUCUGGGUUGAUCAUCUGUCCUGAUAAUCUGGGUUGAACAUCUGACUUGAUCAUCUGGGUUGAUCAUCUGGCUUGAUCAUCUUGGUUGAUCAUCUGUCCUGAUCAUCUGACUUGAUCAUCUGACUUGAUCAUCUGACUUGAUCAUCUGACUUGAUCAUCUGACUUGAUCAUCUGACUUGAUCAUCUGACUUGAUCAUCUGACUUGAUCAUCUGACUUGAUCAUCUGUGAUCAUCUGACUUGAUCAUCUGACUUGAUCAUCUGACUUGAUCAUCUGACUUGAUCAUCUGACUUGAUCAUCUGACUUGAUCAUCUGACUUGAUCAUCUGACUUGAUCAUCUGACUUGAUCAUCUGGAUUGAUCAUUCAGUAGUAGUUUACUUCGAUGGGGAGGUGGCUCCUCCGAUUCUUCACUCUAUGGCUUUUCAGGGCUCAGCGCUUCUCAGGGCGUUCACGUGAGUGGGCUGAAAGAGUGGCAGGUUAUGAAGCGGCUCUGAGGAUCUGGUUGGAUCAUGUACAAAAGUGAGAUCACUUCAACGUAGAAGUGGAUUCUCGGGUCCUGUCCUUCGUGGCUUCUUAGGCGUUCUCGCAAGUGGAUGAAACAGCAAGCGAUGCUAUAGAAUUACUUCAAGGGUGGAAGUGAAUUUUUUAAUUUUUUACCUCGUGGCUUUUCAGGGCUCAGUGCUUUUCAGGGCAUUCACGCAGGUAGAUUUUACGGCAGUACUAUACAGAGAUCCAUUCACUGUGGAAGUGGACUCUUCGUCCUAUGUACCUCGUAGCUUUUCAGGGCUCAACGCUUUUCAGGGCGUUCACGCAGGUGGAUGAUACCAGUCACAACUGUAUCAUCUGGGAUACCUCUUCCCACAGUGCGCUGUGGUGGGUGUAUUUAAGACUCCUCUUUGGGAGUAAAGUCCAUCAGCACGCGGUCCUUUUGUUUCAGGCGGUAAAUUUGUCUUCCGGAGGUGGCUCCUGGGCGGGGUUCAUAGACUCAGGGCUCAGUACACCGAUUCCUCAAUUCAGCUGCGUAGGUGCGGGUUGACUGUACUGCAGAGGUACAGCGAUCUAGCAGCCAAGCCAUAUGUGAAUGAUAGUGCGGCGAUCUAGCAGCCAAGCCAUAUGUGAAUGAUAGUACGGCGAUCUAGCAGCCAAGCCAUAUGUGAAUGAUGAUAAAAGAAACGAAGGGAACAACUAUUCCAAUAUUCUUGGGAUAACAAAUCCCUCUCCAACGGCAACGAACUCAGAUCGAGGCGUCAAAGGAGAUAUACAUUUUAAAUGUUAAUGUCCAUUCUGGAUGGUUUUAUUCAUCUUCACCAUGGUCGGCGCAAGCAUGGAUGGCUAGCGUCGACACGUGGCAAUGAAUCUCUUCAUACAUAAUUAUACAAUAACUAAAUAAUGUAUAGGAUAGAUUGAAAUGAUAUAUACAAUCAACUGUAAUGGAUAACUUAAUGGCUAAUAAAUAUCCAGUGGCCACAUCACCAUCAAUACGAUGGGAUGAAAUCUAGAUAUUCAAAAGUCAAAAUGGCCGCAUCGUGUCCUAUAUUGAAGGCACGUGUCGAACAUUGAGAAAAUAUAAAGUACAAAUGAAUUAAUUAAAUUCAUUUUAAUCAGAAUGAUAAUACCUACAUUAAAACAUUAAAUGGUUAACUAAUUGUUUACAUGGUCAUACAAAUAGUCCAAUAAUGAAAUGAAAUCGAAAUGUUCGUACAACUCACUAGGUCUAGAAAAAGCCGACUCUAAGGUGCUCUAAGUUGACUGCUGCCUUAAGAGUCGAUCACGGAAAGACAGAUUUUAGUGGUUCAACGGCUUUUAAACUGAUUCUAUUCUAAUUGCUUAUUGAACGAUUACUACCAAGUGAUAUCCGAUUCCAAUGAUCUUAAUAAUUUGAUGCAUGACGUAAAAACGAUGGCUCACCCAAAAUGAGACAUUGUCUACACUAGUGCGGGACUUGACCUUUUCCUGGGUUCUAAUGUUCAAUAGUUUAUUGACUUUUCACGUGAGGCAGAUUGUGAUCAGGGAAGAUAGCCCGUUCUGACCUUUUAAAAAAAAGUGGUGGGGGGGGGGGCCUUCUAGGUAGGUCGGCGUGAUUAUCGGCUCCAUUUCGUCACAUAGAUAUGUAAAGUGUCCUAUGGAUAUGUAAAUUGUCCUAUGGAUAUUUAAAUUAUCCUAUAGAUAUGUAAAUUGUCCUAACGAUAUGUUUUGAACAAAUGCUUUUAAUAAUCCAAUUUAUUUGUUUAUAAUAAUUUUUUUGUUAACUAAUAAAAAUAUUUACAAAACUACUGUUAAACAUUUAUUAUUGUUUGAAUUUCAUAUUUGUCUUAUUAAAAAUGUAUUGUAUUAUCAACAAUUAUUUUAUUAUCUCCAUUUUUAGAAAGAUUUUUCUGAAGACAAUGCAAUAUUGCUGUUUGGUGAUGACAUUGAUGUGAACUCUGCCUUUAAUAUUUUAGACAAAGACGGUAAUGGGAAGGUAGGUUUAAACCCUCUUGGAAUAAUUCUUCAAGUAUCAGCUUUAUGUAUUCUGUCUGUAUCUCCGAGUGUCAGCUUUAUGUAUUCUGUCUGUAUCUCCGAGUGUCAGCUUUAUGUAUUCUGUCUGUAUCUCCAAGUGUCAGCUUUAUGUAUUCUGUAUGUAUCUCCAAGUGUCAGCUUUAUGUAUUCUGUAUGUAUCUCCAAAUAUCAACUUCACUUAUUCUGUCUGUAUCUCCGAGUGUCAGCUUUAUGUAUUAUGUCUGUAUCUCCAAGUGUCAGCUUUAUGUAUUCUGUCUGUAUCUCCAAGUGUCAGCUUUAUGUAUUCUGUCUGUAUCUACGAGUGUCAGCUUUAUGUAUUCUGUCUGUAUCUCCAAGUGUCAGCUUUAUGUAUUCUGUCUGUAUCUCCAAUUAUCAACUUCACUUAUUUUGUCUGUAUCUCCGAGUGUCAGCUUUAUGUAUUCUGUCUGUAUCUCCAAGUGUCAGCUUUAUGUAUUCUGUCUGUAUCUCCGAGUGUCAGCUUUAUGUAUUCUGUCUGUAUCUCCGAGUGUCAGCUUUAUGUAUUCUGUCUGUAUCUCCGAGUGUCAGCUUUAUGUAUUCUGUCUGUAUCUCCGAGUGUCAGCUUUAUGUAUUCUGUCUGUAUCUCCGAGUGUCAGCUUUAUGUAUUCUGUCUGUAUCUCCGAGUGUCAGCUUUAUGUAUUCUGUCUGUAUCUCCGAGUGUCAGCUUUAUGUAUUCUGUCUGUAUCUCCAAGUGUCAGCUUUAUGUAUUCUGUCUGUAUCUCCGAGUGUCAGCUUUAUGUAUUCUGUCUGUAUCUCCGAGUGUCAGCUUUAUGUAUUCUGUCUGUAUCUCCGAGUGUCAGCUUUAUGUAUUCUGUCUGUAUCUCCGAGUGUCAGCUUUAUGUAUUCUGUCUGUAUCUCCAAGUGUCAGCUUUAUGUAUUCUGUCUGUAUCUCCGAGUGUCAGCUUUAUGUAUUCUGUCUGUAUCUCCGAGUGUCAGCUUUAUGUAUUCUGUCUGUAUCUCCAAGUGUCAGCUUUAUGUAUUCUGUCUGUAUCUCCGAGUGUCAGCUUUAUGUAUUCUGUCUGUAUCUCCGAGUGUCAGCUUUAUGUAUUCUGUCUGUAUCUCCAAGUGUCAGCUUUAUGUAUUCUGUCUGUAUCUCCGAGUGUCAGCUUUAUGUAUUCUGUCUGUAUCUCCGAGUGUCAGCUUUAUGUAUUCUGUCUGUAUCUCCAAGUGUCAGCUUUAUGUAUUCUGUCUGUAUCUCCAAUUAUCAACUUCACUUAUUCUGUCUGUAUCUCCGAGUGUCAGCUUUAUGUAUUAUGUCUGUAUCUCCAAGUGUCAGCUUUAUGUAUUCUGUCUGUAUCUCCAAGUGUCAGCUUUAUGUAAUCUGUCUGUAUCUCCGAGUGUCAGCUUUAUGUAUUCUGUCUUUAUCUCCAAGUGUCAGCUUUAUGUAUUCUGUCUGUAUCUCCAAGUGUCAGUUUUAUGUAUUCUGUCUGUAUCUCCAAGUGUCAGCUUUAUGUAUUCUGUCUGUAUCUCCAAGUGUCAGCUUUAUGUAUUCUGUCUGUAUCUCCAAUUAUCAACUUCACUUAUUCUGUCUGUAUCUCCGAGUAUCAGCUUGACGUAAUAUGUCUGUUUCUCCGAGUAUCAGCUUAAUUUAUUCUGUCUGUAACUCCGAGAAUAGGCUUAUGUUAUUCUGUAUGUAUCACCAAGUACCAGCUUAAUGUGUUCUGUCUGUAUCUCCAAGUAUCAGCUUAAUGUUAUCUCUCUGUAUCUCCGAGUAUCAGCUUACUUUCUUCUGUCUGUAUCUCCAAGGAUCAACUAGAUUGAUGUCUGGCUGCUGGUUGGCACUUGAACAGGGGAUCUGGGAGGAAAGGCUUUUACAUUUCAUGAAACACAUAAGUUUACUGUUAAAAUACAACUUUUCUUGGGUUCAGAAAUAAUUGCCCGUUAGCAAGCCCCAUAAUUUGUUGGCAAGUGUGUUUAGGGGGAGGUUGUGCGCCAAGGGGGAGAGAAUUAUUAGCCUUUAUCUGCGAGCCGCGAUUUCCGUUUUCCCGGUUGCAGGAACUCUAGAGAUCUCCUUUGUUGUAGCCGGAAGUAGAUCUCAAACGCUUUUGUUACUGUGCUCUGUUUCUUGUCACAUUUUUAUUUGUCCUGUUCGCUAAAGAAUGCUUUAAGCUGAAACGUUCAGAUCAUAUUGUCCUGUCUUUUGAUUCCAGCUUUAACAUGCCUUGUUCUACCACUUCAUACCUACUGCUUGAAUUGCAGACCUUCAAUUAUUAUUAAAUAUCCGAUUAGACUAAAGAGUAGAGAGUAUCAGUUAUAAGCUAGACUAGAGAGCAGAGAGUAUCAAUUACAGACUAGAAUAGACAAUAGAGAGUAUCAAGUAUAGGCUAGACUAGGGAGAAGACAAUAUCAAGUAUAGGCAGACUAGAGAGUAUAUGGUAUUUUUUUUAUUUUUUUAGAUAAUUUUAAAUGAUUUAAUAUCUAAAUUAUAUUAUUUCAUUUCAACAGAUAGCAUUUAUAGAAUUGGUUCAAUUUAUAGAAGAACAUGGGAUCAGGAUGCAGGUAAACCACACAGUUCAAUUUAAUCUUAACUAGGCUGUUAAUGUCCUUUAAAAUAUGCUUUAAAACUCCUGCUGUUAAAUGUCCUCUGAAAAUCAUUUCAAAUAAUAACUUCACAAUAUAAUUGUAAGAAAAUGGAAAUAAUUCUGUUAUAGAGGAUAUGACAUUAUGUUUUUUUUUUUAAACUGUUUUUUUUUUAAAAUGUAUUUAAAGACAAGAUUCCAAGGAUAUGGAAGAAGGGAGGUCACCACGUUCUUUGAAUUCCUGUCAGCACUACAGAACACUUUAUUAACGAACCUGAAAUACGUGUUUGUUGGGGUAAUUUUGUAUGAGAAUAGUUGUGUGUUGAGGUGAAUUUGUGAACUAUUGUUAUGAGAAUAUGUUAUGGUGAUGUGAAUUUGUGAUCUAUUAGUAUGAGAAUAGGUUAUGGUGAUGUGAAUUUGGGAUCUAUUAAUAUGAGAAUAGGUUACGGUGAUGUGAAUUUAGGAUCUAUUAGUAUGAGAAUAGGUUAUGGUGAUGUGAAUUUGUUAUCUAUUUGUAUGAAAUUAUUAUUAUUUUGUUAAAAUUUAUAAUUUAGCCUUUAACUGUUCUUGUUACAACUCACAAUUAAACUGUUCUAGUUACAACUAACAAAUAAACCGUUCUGGUUACAACUCACAAUUAAACUGUUCUAGUUACAACUAACAAAUAAACCGUUCUGGUUACAACUCACAAUUAAACUGUUCUAGUUACAACUAACAAAUAAACCGUUCUGGUUACAACUAACAAAUAAACCGUUCUGGUUACAACUAACAAAUAAACCGUUCUGGUUACAACUCACAAUUAAACUGUUCUAGUUACAACUAACAAAUAAACCGUUCUGGUUACAACUCACAAUUAAACUGUUCUAGUUACAACUAACAAAUAAAUAAAAUAUAAAAAAAACAAAUAACUAAUAAACUGUAUUUGUAAUAUGUAAAAUUUGAGAUUGAUCAGGAUCAAUGUAAAAAUCAAUAACAACCGUACUUUAUAAUACAAAAAAAAAAAAAAAAAAAAAAAAAAAAAAAAAAAAAUAAAAAAAAAAAAAAAAAAAAAAAAAAAAAAAAAAAAAAAAAAAAAAGAAUUUGUCACCUUUAUUUAAGACUUAUUUUGAUCGUUGUCAUUCUAUUCUAACUUGUAAUACUUUGUCAUGGUUUAAGCGACGUCUUGCUAUAUUUGACCAUCAAAUUAACCAUAGAACACUUAUGAUUGAAAUUAUCUCAAGGAAAAGGACGUGUGCAGAACUGUGGGAAUCAACACAGGCCACGUAGGCACAUCGGAUUAUACCUUAGAGGAUGCAGAUAGAGACUUUGUUAUAGCUGUAAGUAAGAUAUAGAUACAAAUUUGUUAUAGCUGUAAGUAAGAUGCGUGCAGAAGCUUUGUUAUAGCUGUAAAUAAGAUAUAGACCCAGACUGUUAAAUUGUAAGUAAGAUAUAGAUAAAAAUUUGUUAUAGCUGUAAGUAAGAUGUAGGCACAUCGGUUUAUACCUUAGAGGAUGCAGAUAGAGACUUUGUUAUAGCUGUAAGUAAGUUGCGUGCAGAGACUUUGUUAUAGCUGUAAGUAAGUUGCGUGCAGAGACUUUGUUAUAGCUGUAAGUAAGAUGUAGGCAUAUCGGAUUAUACCUUCUAUUGCUGCCCACAGAUACUACUUACCAGCUAAGUGCUAUUUCUUAUUUUUAUUUUUAUACCGUUUUUUCUGUUGUUUUGUUCGCUGACGAAGGCUUUCUGCCGACACGUUCGCUGUUUUGUUGCGUUUAGUUUUUCAGGUUUAACCCUACUCUGUUUUACUCAUUUUAUUUCGGAUUAUACCUUAGAGGAUGCAGAUAGAGACUUUGUUAUAGCUGUAAGUAAGAUGUAUGCACAUCGGAUUAUACCUUAGAGAAUGCAGAUAGAGAAUUUGUUAUAGCUGUAAGUAAGAUGUAGGCACAUCGGAUGAUACCUUAGAGGAUGCAGAUAGAGACUUUGUUAUAGCUGUAAGUAAGAUGUAUGCACAUCAGAUUAUACCUUAGAGGAUGCAGAUAGAGACUUUUUUAUAGCUGUAAGUAAGAUGUAGGCACAUUGGAUUAUACCUUAGAGGAUGCAGAUAGAGACUUUGUUAUAGCUGUAAGUAAGAUGUAUGCACAUCGGAUUAUACCUUAGAGAAUGUAGAUAGAGACUUUGUUAUAGCUGUAAGUAAGAUGUAUGCACAUCGGAUUAUACCUUAGAGAAUGCAGAUAGAGACUUUGUUAUAGCUGUAAGUAAGAUGUAUGCACAUCGGAUUAUACCUUAGAGGAUGCAGAUAGAGACUUUUUUAUAGCUGUAAGUAAGAUGUAGGCACAUUGGAUUAUACCUUAGAGGAUGCAGAUAGAGACUUUGUUAUAGCUGUAAGUAAGAUGUAUGCACAUCGGAUUAUACCUUAGAGAAUGUAGAUAGAGACUUUGUUAUAGCUGUAAGUAAGAUGUAUGCACAUCGGAUUAUACCUUAGAGAAUGCAGAUAGAGACUUUGUUAUAGCUGUAAGUAAGAUGUAGGCACAUCGGAUGAUACCUUAGAGGAUGCAAAUAUAGACUUUGUUAUAGCUGUAAGUAAGAUGUAGGCACAUCGGAUUAUACCUUAGAGAAUGCAGAUAGAGACUUUGUUAUAGCUGUAAGUAAGAUGUAGGCACAUCGGAUAAUACCUUAGAGGGAACAAAUAGAGACUUUGUUAUAGCUGUAAGUAAGAUGUAUGCACAUCGGAUUAUACCUUAGAGGAUGCAGAUAGAGACUUUGUUAUAGCUGUAAGUAAGAUGUAUGCACAUCGGAUUAUACCUUAGAGAAUGCAGAUAGAGACUUUGUUAUAGCUGUAAGUAAGAUGUAGGCACAUCAGAUUAUACCUUAGAGAAUGCAGAUAGAGACUUUGUUAUAGCUGUAAGUAAGAUGUAGGCACAUCGGAUAAUACCUUAGAGGGAACAAAUAGAGACUUUGUUAUAGCUGUAAGUAAGAUGUAUGCACAUCGGAUUAUACCUUAGAGGAUGCAGAUAGAGACUUUGUUAUAGCUGUAAGUAAGAUGUAGGCACAUUGGAUUAUACCUUAGAGGAUGCAGAUAGAGAAUUUGUUAUAGCUGAAAGUAAAAUGCUUGCAGAGACUUUGUUAUAGCUGUAAGUAAGAUACUAAGAGAGAGACUUUGUUAUAGCAGUAAGUAACAUGUAGGCAGAUACUUUGUGAUAGCUGUAAGUAAGAUGCGGACAGAGACUUUAUUAUAGUUGGAAUUAAGAUACUAAGAGAGAGACUUUGUUAUAGCUGUAAGUAAGAUAUAAACAGAGACUUUGUUAUAGCUGUAAAUAAGAGACGGACAGAGACUUCGUUACAGAUGUAAGUAAAUAUUUGAUAAUGACCAAAAAAAUAUUUGAUGUUGACCAUGGCUAUAUUUCAUGAUGACCAUGGCUAUAUUUGAUGAUUACAACAGCUAUAUUUGAUGAUGACCAUGGCUAUUUCUGAUAAUGACCAGAACUAUAUUUGAUGAUAACCACAACAAUAUUUGAUGAUGGCCACAUCCAUAUUUGAUGAUGACAACAGCUAUAUAUGAUGAUGACCAGGGUUAUAUUCGAUGAUGACUACAGCUAUAUUUAAUUUCUUGAUGACCAUAGCUGUAUUCGAUGGUGACCACGGCUAUAUUAGAUGAUGACCACAAUUAUAUUUGAUGGUGACCACGGCUCUAUACGACAAUGAAUACGCAGGUAGCUUGCCAAACUAUUUUUGCCUUGACAGCUUGCUCGCACAUGCACAUGACAUGGAAGCUAUCCGCUGUGUUAACAUGUCUGCAUAAUUCCUGUGACUUUGAACAAUCUUAUGUCAUAUAGUUUAAAUGUUUUUCUUUGUGUUCCCUUUUAGAGAGGAUACAAUGCAACCCGAUCAUUUCUACAAUAUUAUGUCGUCCAACACGGGGAAAAUUGUGGAAAUCAGUCACCUGAAUUGUUCAGUAAGAAAAAUAUAGCGAUAAGAGAAGAUGACAGUGAAGCGUCCUCAAUUGGUUCAGGAGCGCUGAAUGAGAAAACAGCAUGUAAGUUAACAUCCAUUAUGUGCAGUCCUAUUUUGCUGAUUGAAGAUAAGCUGUUUGGCUGAUUGACGUUGGACUGUUUGGUUGAUUGAAUAUAAGCUUUUUGGCAGAUUGGAGAUACGAUUUUUGGCUGAUUGAAGAUACGCCGUUUGGCUGAUUGAAGAUACGAUGUUUAGUUGAUUGAAAAAUGAGCUGUUUGAUCCAUAAAAUUUGUUCUAAGUGAAGUUAUAGAAGACAAGCCUGUUUAUCUUCUGGUGUUCUCAUUAUAAAUCUUAAUAAAAAUAUUUUCAUGAAUAAAAUUUGAUAAUCACUGCUAUAUAUUGAAAUACAGUUUUACUAGUGUAUAUAAUCAGAACUGUACUAACAAAAGAUUUACGUAGAUAAAAAAAAAAGGGGGGGGGGAGGCUUUUUUUAAAAACAUUUUACGCAAUUAAAAAUAAAUGUAAUUUUUGUUUACCCCAAAGCCAUCAGCCGCAUACCCAAAGCGGGUACGCAUAUCAUGGGUUGGGAACCACUGAACUAAACCAAAUAAAUGCUGGAAGCUCUUUGUUAAACAUGUUUCCGAAUCACUUCAUUUUAAAUCAUAGUAGACGUUAGGGUUAGGGUUAAGUUAAAAGCAUAGACAUGUAGUAGUUGUCUCCCCAUUAAAAUACUAAGUUGGGGUUAGGGUUUGGGUUAGGGUUAUUGUUAGAGUUGGGGUUAGGGAGCAUAUGCAAGUAGUAGCCGUCUACUAAAUUAAAAUAGUGGGUUAGGUUUAGGGUAAGGGUUAGAUCAUACUUGCGUAGAAGUCGUCUCCUUAGGUUAGGGUUAGGGUUAGGGUUUGGGUAACAUCGUAAACACUUAAUGUCUCCUCAUUAAAAUACGCCAUUGUACUAAAUAUAAUAUUAAAUACUGUUUUCAUUAUUACGACAGCUAACGACACCAACAUAACGAUAACUAACAUGGCAGCUAAAGACACUGACAUAACAUAACGUAUAUCGCAGCUAAAAACCUUACAUAACAAUAUGAAACUUAUUUAUAUGACUAACAAUGUAAAGAAACACAUGAAAUCGUAAGAUGUUGGCACAAAUAUUGACACAGUUUUAUAAAGCUAUGCAUAUUAUCUUAAAUCGGUAAAAAACACCAAAAAAAAUGCUUUAAUCUUCUAAAAUUUAAUGAAAAAAACUAUCAUCCUUUUAUUAACACGUUUUAUUACUUGAACAUCUUCUUCUUUCCAAUUAACACUUAGGGUGAGUGACUAUUUUAUUUCCCUUAUUUUAUUUUCUUUCCUCGCUUGACACAUGCUUUGCAAAAAUUCAAAAUUUUAAAAGUGGAUUACAUUGUGUCUACCAUUGCAAUAUGCAUGUUGGCCAUUAACUGUAAUCACGUCAUAAAAUAACAGUGUGGGAUUUUUUUUUUACAAUCGACAUAACAUUAACAAAUCUGUAUCCAGAGAAUUAGUCUGCGAUACAACAUUUACAUCAAAAUGUUCGGGACCCCUGCUAUGUAACGCUUAACAUUGAACACUUAAAAAUAUAUUUUAAACUUCUAAAUUUCCUACCCAUUUUAAGUCGCUGCUUUUUUUUUGCAAGCCCAAUGCAUUUUAGGGGAGAAACACUAUCUAAAGAGGGUAGUAAGUGGGAUACCACUGAGGACAUCAUGAAAGCUAUCUUUGGAAACAUCAGAAGGGCUAGCCUUAGAAACAUCAGGAGUGCUAGCUUUUGGGACAUGAGGAAGGCUAGCUUUGUGAACAUCAGAAAGGCUACCUUUGGGAACAUAGGGAGGGUCAGUUUAGGGAACAUCAGGUCAGCUAUAGCUUUGGUGAAAGGAGUGCUAGCUAUGGUGACAGGAGGGUUAGCUUUUGGGAACAUCAGGACAGCUAUAGCUUGGGUGAAAGGAGGGCUAGCUAUGGUGACAGGAGGGUUAGCUUUUGGGAACAUCAGGACAGCUAUAGCUUGGGUGAAAGGAGGGCUAGCUAUGGUGACAGGAGGGUUAGCUUUUGGGAACACCAGGACAGCUAUAGCUUGGGUGAAAGGAGGGCUAGCUAUGGUGACAGGAGGGUUAGCUUUUGGGAACAUCAGGACAGCUAUAGCUUGGGUGAAGGGAGGGCUAGCUAUGGUGACAGGAGGGUUAGCUUUUGGGAACAUCAGGACAAAUCCCUUUGGGGAUAUGAAUGCUAGCUAUGGUGACAGGAGGUUUAGCUUUUGGGAACAUCAGGACAAAUCCCUUUGGGGAUAUGAAUGCUAGCUAUGGGUCCAGGAGGGCUAGCUUUUAGAACACCAUAAGGGCUAUAUUGGGGGAAGGGCUAACUUUGGGGACAGCAGGAGGGCUAGAUUUGAGAACUCCAUGAGGGCUGUAUUGGGGGAAGGGCUAACUUUGGGGACAUCAGGAAGGCUUGCUUUGAGAACACCAUGAGAGGUAUAUUGGGGGAAGGGCUAACUUUGGGGACAGCAGGAGGGCUAACUUUGAGAACACCAUGAGGGAUAUAUUGGGGGAAGGGCUAACUUAGGUGACAUCAGGAGGGCUAGCUUUGGGGACGUAAGGAAGGAUGCAUUUUUGGGACAUGAAAAUCUUUUAAAAAUGGAUUCCAAUAAUUGCAUCUUUGGGUUACCACAGGUGAAAAACACUUGUUCUAAAUAAAGUUAAUUAAACAGUUGUAACUUCCUUGUGAUUCAGAUGAAUUAUUGGGAAUCGCGAACAAAAAUUCUGCUGUUUAUGUAACUGCUUGUAACCUGCUAAAUGCAUGUGUCACUGUUUAUGACGCUCACAUCAUCAGUUGUUAUCAUCAUGGUUUUUAUGAAAUAUUGACGAAUUAAUUCAUUGUUACCACAGAUUAUGUCAAGGCGAUAAAGAUCGUUUUUUUGUACACUGAUUUAAUUAACUCGAAUAAUUUAACUCAAUAUCUAUUGAUACAUGCAUCCAAGAGACAAACAUUUCAUAAUAAAUAUUGGAAGAUUAGGUCGGUUAAUCUUUAACUCGGUUGUUUGCGAAUCAGAUUUGAGCCAAAAUUAAUAUAUUUAAAAAAAAAAAAAAUUAAAAAAAAUAACGUCUUCUUGAUGUAUCGUUUUAAAUCUUGGAACGUAAAGAGAAGAUCCCUGUCCCUGGCUUGCGAAAGAUUUUUUUUUUUUUUACUUUUAACAUAGGCCCUAUUAUGAAAACUUUUUAUUUUGUCAAUCUUUUUUAAGCAUAAAUAUUAUUAAAUUAAGUAUUUGGAAGCUCUAUGGACAUUAUUAAUUGAAUUGCAUUCCUUCCUUGGUCAAGAAAAUAAUGUUAAAAUUUAAAUAUGAAAAAAUAUAUAUAUAUUUUUUUAGUUAGUUAUGAAGAGGUGCAAAGUUGAUGUUUUUAUUUGAUGUUUGAAGCUAAAAUGAUGUUAUUCUUUACAGAUACAAAUAACUCGAUAUCUCUAUUGAUUAAAUUGUAAAUAUUUAUUUUGAGCCUAUGGCUAAAAUGAUGAUUAAGAUAACUCUAGAACAAUUGAAACGUCAGACAUUUGAAAUUAUUUUCUCAGGCACAAAACCCGGCCACUAAAUAUCGCCAUGUCAAUAUUAACUUAAGAGUUGCUAUUCGAUUGGUACACACGCGCGAAAGUAUGCUUUACAUUCUGAGAGUUUAUGGAUCCUAUAAAUUUUAAUAUCUUUUCCCUUACUUUUUAAGGGAAAGAAUUAGCCAUGAUUAGCUGAUCUUACGUAACUUUGAUGUAGUGGGUGUGCUGUUUUCUAAAAUAUGUGUUCCUUUUAAAUAUCUCAUCAAGAGUAAUAUUUUUCUAUAUGUGAUAUCAUUUGUUUUCUUCGUGUCUAUUUAAGUUGUAUUUCCUUAGAAAGGAUGUUUUUCCACCCCGUCAGGUAAUAAUUAGUUUCAUUUGGAUUCCUGCUGUGUAGCAAUAGUAUUCAUUUAUUUGUUAGGUUAGGUUAGGUUAGGUUAAUAUGAAAACCCUAACCCUAACUCUAACCAGAUAAUAAUGAGUUUCAUUGGGAUUCCAACUUUGUAGCAAUGGUAUUCAUUUAUUUGUUAACACCAACAUUAUAUUUUAUAAGAUUCGAUGCUGUUUGAUGAUUGCUUAAAAAAUAGUUUUCGUUACCUAUCAUGUCAUUAUUUUUUUUUUUUCUAAUAGUAAUAAUGUUAUUUUGUUUCAGUAUUGAAGAAGAAAAGCUAAGAAGUGAGAAGGAUAAACUUGGUUUGUGAAGAGUCAGCAUUGUGUAAAGCUGUGUUGCAGUGUCUAAAGUUGUGUAGCAAUGUCUGCAGUUGUGUGCCAAUGUCUACAGUUGUGUAAAAAUGUCUACUCUUGUGUGGCAAUGUCUACAUUUGUGUGGCAGGGUCUAUAGUUGGGUCUAAAGUUGACUAGUACGGUAUAUUAAAAGAAAUACUUCUAUAUGUGUAUUUACAUACAAAUAUUCUCUUAAGUAAACAGAGACAUGAUCUUAUGGACUGGAUAUGCACAUAUAAUAAUAUUGAAAUAGGCAUACAUAGUCAAUAGACAAAUGAAUAAUAAAUUUGUAUUUUUGACACACACGAUGACAUAUUGAUAUGCAUUUAUUUAUCUGGACAUAGACAUUAAAAACUAUUUUCAGUGAAAUGUUGCAUAACAAGAAGUAUAGAAUUAAUGUGUCUUAUGAUAUGGUCUGAUGAUAUGGUCAUAAAUGUACAAGCAUAGGAGAACACAGAACAACAACAAAAAUGAGGACAUAUUAGAAAAGUCAUUAUUAUUGGGUCAAAUAGAACAUUCAUUCUUGACUUGAUCUAGUAAGAAGAAUCAUUAUUAUGUGGGAUACGUAAGAACAUUCAUCAUGUCCUGGGUCAAAUAAGAACAUUCAUCAUGCAUUGGGUCAAAUAAGAACAAUUUUUAUUUAUUGGGUCAAAAAGAACCUUCAUUCUUGUUUGGGUCAAAUAAAAAACAUUCAUUAUUCAUUGUGCCAAAUGAGAGCACUCAUUUUUACGUUGGACACAUAAAAAAAUUCAUUAUGUAUUGGGUAAAAUAAGAACACCUAUUAUUGAUUGGAUAAUAUUAGAACACUCCUUAUUGAUUGGGUACAAUAAGAAUACUUAUUAUUGAUUGGGUAAAAUAAGAACAUUCAUUAUUGAUGGGUUCAAAAUAAGAAUAUUUACUAUUGAUUCGGACACAUACCCACAUUUAUUGUUGAUUGGGUCAAAUAAAAAACAACAAAUCAUUAUUGAUUGUGUUAAAUUAGAACACCCAAUAUUGAUUAGGAAAAAUAAGAACUCAUUUUUGAUUGGGUAAAAAAGAACACUCAUUAUUGACUGUGUUAAAUUAGAACACUCCAUAUUGAUUAGGAAAAAUAAGAAAACCCAUUAUUUAUAUGGUCGAAUUCGAAAGCUCAUUAUUUAUUGGGUCAAACAAAAAAAACAAUCAUUAUUGAUUAGGUCAAAGAAGAAAAUUCAUUUUGAUUGGGUCCAAGAAAAAAAAUGCAUUUUGAUUGGGUCUAAUAAUAACAUUAAAUAUUGAUUGAGUUAAAUGAGUAUCAGUUAUUAUUGAUAUUGUAAAAUAAAAAAACAAAACAUUUUAUUUGUUAUUUGGUUCUUAUAUUAAUGUAAUAAAUUAUGCGCAGUACAGAAACUCCUGCAUCUUGAACACCUACUUACCUUUGUUUUGGCAUAUACAUAUGUCAACUAUGCAUAGCUCAAGUGGCAACAAUAUCCCAGAAGUAAAAAUUAAGAUAUUUCGGGCAGGUCAUGUUGUAACUGUAGGAAGUAGUUGUAAAUGUGAGCAGUGCUUGUAAAUGGUGGCAUCUGUUGUAGAUAUGUUUUCAAAAGGGGAAAAAUUAUUCAUAGUUGAAAAUUAAUUUAUUUUUGAAAAAAAAGGUAGCAGUACAAGCCUGAGAGAGAUUUACAAAGACACCAUCAAGUAACACGGUUCUUGAAAGGUACUGGGUCAACGAAAGAGACAGUGUGAUUAAACUGUAAGUCAAUGUGAAAGGUACUGGGUCCACGGAAAGGACGGAUGGUAUGAUCAACCAGUAAGUCAAUGGGAUAGAUCCUCGGUCAGCGGAAGAGACACUCUGAUCAGCCAGUAAGUCAAUGUGAAAGGUACUGGGUCCAUGAAAGGGACGGUAUAAUCAACCAGUAAGUCAAUGGGAUACAUACUCAGUCAAUGGAAGAGGAAGUAAGUAAAUUUGAAAGGUACCAGGCCACCGGAGGAAACAUUAUGAUUAGCCAGUUAACCAAUUGUGACUUUCGACUGAGAUGCACACAAUUCUAAAAAAUCCUAAUCCACCACAACCAUACAUUUUCCACAAUAUAUCCUAUUGCGUAACUAGAUUAUGUGCAAUUUUCCAAAAAUAUCUUCCAACAAUAUACAUAAAAAGUGCCAACGAUGUACUAGCAGGGCUGGCCAUUGAAUGUGCUGCCACCGAAGUAAAUAAUACAGAAAUAUGGUGUUUUUUGGCACAGUGAAAGCUGGAAAUAUCGAAACUAGAAAUAGCAAUGUCCCUGUCAUAUACAUCAAGAUAUAAAUCAAGGGCAGGUAAGGAUAGAAAUCAAGGACUUCAAAGGCUUCCAGCUAAAAUCGGGGGGGCUGUGGGGG